CUAGCAACUAAGACCAGCGGCCGGGGGUGACGGGAGUUGUAGUCCAGCAACGACACUUGAGGGUGCCCCCAGUUUGAAGCCGUGAGGGGGGGAAGGAAAGCGCGCGCCGGAGACAGCGGCGUCGGCCUUCCGUCCCGCCCCUCACACAGCGCUACACGUGAAGCGCGGCGGCUCGGCCCACCCACUCGAGCGCGGCGGUUGGCUGGGCCGCGCUAGGCCGCGAGGAGGGGGCCGGGCCGCCUAGGCCUCUCCUGACUGGCGCAGGCGGCGCUCGUGACGGGAAGGCGGAGGCCCGGACCCGCCUCGUCCCCGCCCGCCUCGCCCGCCUUUCCUGCGACUCCUCUUUCCCGUCUGUGCCGACGCCGCUGACUAACCUUCGCCGGCCUCCCCUCAGCCGGGUCGCCUCCUCCGUGUUGCUGCCGCGGCGCGUGAGGCUUCCGCCCGAGUCCGCUUUCGCAGGAGAGAGAGGCCUGCCUUCUCCCCCCCGGGAAGAGCCCCCCGGCCUGCGGAAGAAGCUCCGUCCGGGCAGGCAAGCUGGCUUCCGACGACGACGACGACGGCGCCGCUGCUGCCGCCAUGCAGCCCUGCGCCACGACGGGCGGCUCCAGCGACAAGAAAAGGUGCGGGUCUGGGCGGCACCGCUCGCCUCCUUCACACGCCCCCCGCUCCUGGUUUCGGGAAGAGGGCCGGCCCGCCUUUGCUUGCUUGCUUACCCCGAUAUCUUUCGUAUUAUUCGUAUUGUUUUGUGCCCCCGGAAGCUGAGCGCGCUCGCGGAGUGGAUGGUGGAAGGACAAAAAUCCCCUUCCCUCUCUUUCUCUCUUGCUUUCCCACCAGCCUUUCUCAUCCUGUUCUCCCUCCAAGCCAGGCCAUUGGAGAAAUAAUAAUAGUAAUAAUAAUAAUAAUAAUAAUAGUAAUAAUAUGCUUUCUUCCCACGUCCAAAUUCUCUUCUCUUCUCUCCCGGCCCCGCCGCCGUCUAAAUCUGGUUUCUCCUGUUCAAGGUUUCGGAUCCCUCUUUAUUAUCGUUAUCUCUUCUUUUUUAUACCUAGCUGGGCUUCAAAGAAGAUGCUUUGCCAUUUUGCAAAAGCGAGGAGGGGGCGUCUUGGGACGCUCCUUCCAUCAGGGUGUUUUUUCUUCUUUUUGGCAUCCUUCCUCCAGGGCCCUCUCAUCAUUUACCUUCUCCAUCUAUUAUUAUUAUCAUUAUUAUUAUUAUUAUUAUUAUUAUUAUUAUUUUAUAACGUAGCAAAUCUAGCAGAGAAAAAGUGUGUGAGAGAGAAUAGAGUUACUCCCUACUCUUCUAUGUCCUUUCUGUGUGUGUGUUCUUGGCAGCGCCCCUUCUUUUCUCCCCCCCCCUUUGUUCUUAUCUUAAUCCACCCCCUGCCUCUUUUCUCAUUCCUCCUGCUUCCCCAUCCUUUCUUCUCCCUGGAGGGUGUUUCACUCUUUCUCCUCUUCUUUUUUCUCUCUCUCCCUUCUCUCUCCCUCCCCCCCUCUUCCAAAGUGUCCACGUCGCCAUUUUGUUGGAGGGGGUGGGGGGGUGAGAGGGUUUUGGGGGGAAAAUAAAACGAGAAUCCAGGAUAUAGAAAAGUGGAGGGUGCCCUUGACUUGUUAAUCAGCUCAACUUUUCUUACAAGGUGAAUUUUAUCUUCGCUGCCUCCCCAGGGUAGACCCCCAAUAUUUUGAAAUUGUUGCUUUAGGCUGAAUUAAAAACCUGGCUAGUAUGAAAUGAGGAGCCUGCAAGCAUUGUGGUUGAGAUGAGCAGUGUGAGUCCAGUCUCUGAUUUCUUAGGCACACACAGACAGGCGAGUUAUGUUAAUGCGUCUUUGAGUGUUUGUAGAUGGAUAUUAGAUGGAGAUGAGUUUGCCAGGGCCUGGCUGUGAUUUAGAAAAAGAAUGGUGCUUUGCUGUGGAGCUUUCCAAGUUCUCUGUAACCAAACCAUAUGGGGAAAAGUCAGUUUGAGGAAGAUAUAAAAUCACUGUUGGUAAGUGGAUGGAAAUUCCGUGCCUUUAUGUGUCUGGAAAGUGAGAGGAAAGUAAUGUUUUAAAAGGCGGCUCCGUGUCCUGAGACAGAACAGAAAAGUAAUGUUUCUUAAGUUCAUUAUGUUUUCAGAAGAUCAGAAAUGUCUCCAGUGAAAGAGACAAACUGUUCUUUUGUAUGCUGCAAAAAUAAUGACAAUGUGCAGAGACUAAAGCAUACAAUUCAAAUGUUCAAAAAUUGUUGGAAUUGUGUUUCCAUUGUCUUUCAAGGACAAAUGCUAUGACUUUUUUCUUUUUGGUCAUUUAGGGAGCAUCCUGUAACAAGAUCCACUGGGAUGAGUGGGUUAGGAUCCAGUGGACCUCUGGCUAUGCUGAGAGGUUCCUGGUGUAGCCAGCUAUGUUGGCUUAACUCCCUCACCCUCUGGUCAGCUGGAGGUAUGUCCUUAUCUCCCCCAUCAAGCCUGGUGGAUCUUAAGCUGGUGUAAGCUCAGAAAGAGGAGUAUUCUGGGGAUGUGAUUGGGCCAGAACCAACAGGGUGGGGGGAACAUAGACUGGAUCCUAAACCCAUUCAGCCUGGUCAGAUGACAGACAUAAAUUAAGCUAGCAAAAAGGGUGGGUUAACUCAAACACUACUUUAAAAGUCUGCUUUUCUUCUGCCAGGCUCAGUCACAGUAGUCGCCCCACCACUGAAUGCAGUUUGGAGUAUCUUUAUGCCAGCUUAUUGUAUAUAGGAUUGCUCCCUUAGUCUGUUGCAGGUAUAACUUAGUUUUAAUUCUAAAUGUUGCAUUACUUGCCUAACCCUUGAGAUGGAACUCGCUGAAAAGUUUAAAUAACAUUUACAAAAUUCUCAGGGUAUCCUGGAAAUCGCUCUUGUUUUCUGUAAAUGUUAAUAAAAGAGGAUACAAGCACCCUUAUAUCAAGGGUAUCAUCAGAUUAACUUUUUUGACCUGUGAUCAAAUAUUUUAUACCAAUAAUCAGUUUCUGAAUCAGGGAUGGGCAAACCGGCCCCAGCCAGCGUGGUGAAUGGUCAGGGAUGAUGGGAGUUGUCAGAAAGUGCACGUUGGCUACCCCUGUUCUAGAUGGUACUUCCGAAGUCUUUCUCCUGUGUUCUGUAACUCCUGGUGUUGUAGUUGCUCUCUAUUUGCAUCAGGUUCUCUCAUCUAUUGCUUCAGACUACAAGAGGCAGACUUGUUCUUCUCUGUAGUGGGGAUGAGUCACUGAGAAUGGAGGACGCUGAGAAAGAGAAACUGCAGCUCUUUCUUUUGGCAAGGGUAGCAGAGGUUAUUCUAAACACCAGAAUUACCCACAUAUUUCCCUUAAUUGCUGGUUCCCGUGGCAUGUUCAGAACGAGUUGGAUCUUCCUUUGGUAAUUACCUUGGAUUUCCAAGUGAUAAGAUCCUGUAGUAAUUUGCAGACGUGUAGUAAGGUUUGCCAUUAGAUAUUUGUGGAGAUUGGGUGGUCAUUUUUUUAUUAUUUUUAAAUUCGACACCAAUCCUUUUUCUGGUGGAUUAAGUUUCUUAAUCUCCCAUUGGCAGAGGGCAGUGUUUCUUUAUAUUGAUAGCAAUGCCAUUUUUGCAAUUUGAGACGGAUAAAUGAGUUCAAGCUGUAACAUUUCUCGCUGUUUAAAUGGUGUUACAGGGACUGGAUAAAACACUCACUACACCGUAAUACCUUCAGAUCUUGGAGAAGCGUAAUCUCCCUAAAAUUGACCAGUGGCUAAGAAGAGGGUGGGAUGUCAACGUUGUGAACAGAAUUAUAUGCCAGAAAUGAUGUGGGAAGAGAACUAACAAUUCAGACUUCUCAACAAAAUUGGUGGCUUUUAUUAUGGUUUGGAAUAAAAACAUUGAUUAUACGACAACAAUAGAUAUUCUUGGCAUGAUAUAACUGGACUAUAUUUGUUUUAAAACAGAAUGUUUGAUACGAUAUACAACCAGAUGCAAAUAUGCCUUUUUAAACUUUAGCUAUGAGUUUGACCAAACUGUGGGAGGCAGUGGAAGACAGGAAUGCCUGGUGUGCUCUGGUCCAUGGGGUCAUGAAGAGUCGGACACGACUAAACGACAACAAACUUUAACUGUAAAUAUUUAUGGAUACAUGUACACAUUUAGUUUGUAUACUUGAUAAGAGUGUAAAUUGUAUAGGUAAAACUAUUAGGAAGCAAAGUUUGUCUGUGUUCAUGAGGAUAUACAGCUAAUGUGCUGAUCCUGUGCAAAGAUUGAAUUGCUUGUCUCUGAUGUGUUCAAAAAUACAUUGUUUUAAUGUCUUCAUGGGAUGGUCUGAUAUGAAAUUGCCUUGCUGACUGUGGCCAGAAAGGUGAUUGUGGGAAGACCACAAUUUUAAUGCCUGAAGGAGAUCUCCUGGUGUCCACAAAGUUCCCUGGUUUAGAGGAAACAGUAGACGCAUUGCAGCUCCUAUCUUUAGAGAGCAGCCUUGUGUGUUGAAAUCUGGUGCUACACAUUCCUCUCCUGGGUCUUGGUGUGAACAUUCAGUUUGUAAUUAAAGAGGGUAGGUGAGCACUGUUUGCUCUUCUGUAAAGGGCUGUAGUUAUUUAUGCUGGUGUGGAGAGUUCUACAAACAAACAACCCACCACAUACAAAGGAAGGUAACUACAGAUUAUCCGAGAGGAAACUCUGGAUUGUUUUGUAAGGUUCACAGGCAUCAGUUAUGUUCUCUGGAAAUGCCUUUCCCCAACAAUAAACUUAUAUACACAAAUGUAGUAUGAAACCUGCAGCCCCUCUGGAUCUUGCUUGGAAGCCACAUAAAUGAUUUCUUCAUGUAAAUUUCGUUAGUGUUUAAAAGGUUUCCUCAUGCCCGACACACUUCUAAAUGCUGUAUGUUCUAUAGGUGAAGGUAAAGGGACCCCUGACCGUUAAGUCCAGACGUGGACGACUCUGGGGUUGCGGUGCUCAUCUCGCUUUAUUGGCCGAGGGAGCCAGCGUACAGUUUCCGGGUCAUGUGGCCAGCAUGACUAAGCUGCUUCUGGCAAACCAGAGCAGCGAUGCUGCAACUUCGCCCGGGCAAAGCAUGCCAGCCAGCAACGACCUGACAUACAUGUGGUUAAGGAGAAAACAAGAAAAAAUUCUGAAUGAAACAGUGGAUGUAUCAUUUUGUCCUUCAUGCUGUGGCCACAGACAUGUGAUUUGACCGGUGAGUUUAGGGUAGCCCAAUGCAAGAUCCUGAGGAUCCAUGUGGAUCUGUGCUUGGUACCACGUUUUGCACCAUUGCAGCCCCAGGACCAUAACACGCACAUAGUUUUUAGAGGAGGAAAACAAGAAAAAAAAAUUCUGAAUGAAACAGUGGAUGUAUCAUUUUUGUCCUUCAUGCUGUGGCCACAGACAUGUGAUUUGACGGUGAGUUUGGGGUAGCCCAAUGCAAAGAUCCUGAGGAUCCAUGUGGAUCCAUGCUUUGUAACCACGUUUUUGCACCAUUGCAGCCCCAGGCAACAGUGGGUGCGUGAUUUUUUUGGUGCAGGCUGUAGCCAUGGAUAUGCUAUGUGAUCUGAUGUUGAAUUUGGGGUGACCCUAUACAAAGAUUCCGAGGAUCCAUGUGGAUCCGGGCUUUGUAACCACGUUUUUGCACCAUUGCAGCCCUGUUUUUGCAUCAGAUCAUUGCUAUGUGAUCUGAUGGUGAAUUUGGGGUGACCCAAUGCAAAGGUCCUAAGGAUCCAUGUGGAUCCGGGCUUUGUAACCACGUUUUAAGUGGGGAGGGAAGGAAAAACAUAGAAAGGACAAGGAGCACCGAGAGGGCUGUGCGGAGAAGCAGCUGGCUAAGAAUGCAGGAGAGGGGUUUUACCUGAGGGAGGAAAGGAAGGCAAAAGUUCCCCCCACGCACCCACCCAAGCCAGCCAGCUCUCUCUCUUUCUCUCUCUCCCCCCCCACCUGCAUGUUGCAGCACCAGAGCAUGGAGAGGAAUUAGAAGGAAGGACGCUCUGCUUUCCCCUCUGCUUGCCUGGAGGGGAGGGGUUUUCUCUGCUCUUUGUUCUGUUUGAACAAACACAGUAACAAACAGAAGCGGGUGGGCAGUAAGACCCUGAGGCAGAAUGCAGGAAAGCAGCAGCUUCCUCUUUUCAAGGCUUCCCCUCUCUGGACGAUUGAUAGUUGCCUGAUUUUUGCCUUCACUCGCGCCUGUCGGCUCCAGGGACCACACAUUCACUCAAUAACACGCACAGACAUUUCCCCUUACUUUUUAGGAGAAAAAAUCUGCGUGUUAUAGAGGGGAAAAUACGGUAUUUAUCUACUUGCACUUUGAUGUGCUUUCAAACUGCUAGGUUGGCAGGAGCAGGGACCGAGCAACGGGAGCUCACCCCGUUGCGGGGAUUCGAACUGCUGACCUUCUGAUCAGCAAGCCUUAGGCUCUGUGGUUUAACCUACAGCACCACCCGCGUCCCUUCUAUGUUGUUGUUGUUGUUUAGUCGUUUAGUCGUGUCCGACUCUUCGUGACCCCAUGGACCAGAGCACGCCAGGCACUUCUGUCCUCCACUGCCUCCCUCAGUUUGGCCAAACUCAUGCUGGUAGCUUCAAGAACACCAUCCAACCAUCUCAUUCUCUGUCGUCCCCUUCUCCUUGUGCCCUCCAUCUUUCCCAACGUCAGCGUCUUUUCCAGGGAGUCUUUUCUUCUCAUGAGGUGGCCAAAGUACUGGAGCCUCAGCUUCACGAUCUGUCCUUCCAGUGAGCACUCAGGGCUGAUUUCCUUAAGAAUGGAUACGUUUGAUCUUCUUGCAGUCCAUGGGACUCUCAAGAGUCUCCUCCAGCACCAUAAUUCAAAAGCAUCAAUUCUUCGGCGAUCAGCCUUCUUUAUGGUCCAGCUCUCACUUCCAUACAUCACUACUGGGAAAACCAUGGCUUUUACUAUACGGACCUUUGUUGGCAAGGUGAUGUCUCUGCUUUUUAAGAUGUUGUCUAGGCUUGCCAUCGCCUUUCUCCCAAGGAGCAGGCAUCUUUUAAUUUCGUGACUGCUGUCACCAUCUGCAGUGAUCAUGGAGCCCAAGAAAGUAAAAUCUCUCACUGCCUCCAUUUCUUCCCCUUCUAUUUGCCAGGAGGUGAUGGGCCCAGUGGCCAUGAUCUUUUUUUUGAUAUUGAGCUUCAGACCAUAUUUUGCGCUCUCCUCUUUCACCCUCAUUAAAAGGUUCUUUAAUUCCUCUUCACUUUCUGCCAUCAAGGUUGUGUCAUCUGCAUAUCUGAGGUUGUUGAUAUUUCUUCCGGCAAUCUUAAUUCCGGUUUGGGAUUAAGUCCCUUCUAUAGAGCUGGGCAAAUAGCUGUUACUUUAUUCUGAUACUCCUUUUUUUAGCAGACAUCAGGACUUUCGACUCCAGGUCAUUAGUGCUGGAGUGGGAUGAAAGUAUAUGAUACAGGAGAUUCAGAUGUCCUUACGAACAGCUAUGGGCUCCCCAGAAUGGAACUCCUGUGCAAGAGGGUUUUAUCCCCUUCCUCCAGUCUCUUAACCCAGGGGGUGGGGGGAAGCAGUUUGAGGGGACAUAUGGACAAAGUGAUUUGAUCAAGGAAACAAAAUAGGAGGAAGGGUUCUUCUCCCUCUCACUAGUGCCCCAAUCCCCCCCCCCCAGCUGCUUCUUAUUUCAAAAAGGAAAGCUGCUCGGAACUGGUCAUAGGUUUCCCAUUUUCUGCCCCAUAGGCAUGUCUUUGAUUAGGAUUGUUUGGCAAAGAUAUGAACACAAUAGCAUUUGUAUUGAAGCCUAGCUGCAACUGUACUUGCUUCAGGGGUCUGAUUACCUUUGCCACAUCAAUGCAGCUUUGAACCAGCUUUUUGCUUUCUUUGCUAUCGUCUUUUGGGGGCUAGCGAAUAUGAGACGUCUAAAGGGGGAAGCUGCAAACGGGAGUGUCUGACAACAUUGGUUAAGCAGGGAAUGAUGAUACUGUUGCGUUCAAAACAUUUGCGGGCUUGCUGCCAAAGGCUUGUCCUUGUUUGUAGUAGCCUCCUGCCCUCUGUGGCUUCCUUCCUCAGAAUUCAGGAAGCAUCCAGUGGGCGAGAAGGAAAAGGCACUGGUUUCCUUGCAACCCCAGAGAUGGAAUUAGCUUCCGGCUUGAUACUUAGCUGGGCACAUGUUCUUCCUGAGGCGUUCUCCUGUUCUUGUCCAUAAGAACAUUAGAACUGCCUUGCUGGAUUAGACCAAUGUUCUGUUUCCAGUGACCAGCCCAGGGGUAGGCAACCUAAGGCCUGGGGGCUGGAUGCAGCCCAAUCACCUUCUCAACCCGGUGUGCGGACAGUCCGGGAAUCAGCGUGUUUUUACAUGAGUAGAAUGUGUCCUUUUAUUAAAAACGCAUCUCUGGGUUAUUUGUGGGGCAUAAGAAUUCAUUCAAUUUUUUAUUUUAUUUUUUCAAAAUAUAGUCCGCCCCACCAUAUGGUCUGAGGGAUGGUGGACCGGCCCACGGCUGAAAAAGUUUGCUGACCCCUGGACCAGCCAGAUAAGGGGGCUACACCUUGCUUUGAAAAUCUACUUGUGUUAAGAGGCUAACUCUGAAAAGAAUUAGUACUUCUUGGAUUCAGAAUCAGCUGAAAAUGAAGUCUGUUUUGUGCACAGAUUUAAGGGGUUGGCCUUAAUCCUGAAUAAAGGCUAGGGGGCGAGGCUUUCCCCAGGGAAGGGUUGAGAGGAGUGUGUAAUCGUAAGGGUGGCUUCAGAUUUGUAACUUGCUGUUAUUGAAAAGUUAGUAUCACUUCUGUACUGGAAAUAAUUGAUUUGCAUUAAAAGAAAACGGAGGUUAAGAGUGUGCAGCUCUCCUGCUCAGAAUGGUCAAGGGGUUUUCCAGCUUGAAGAUGAGCUUUAAUGAUAAGGUUGUUAAAUAGCCCUGUCUUUUAGAAUGGACAUGGGAUAUGAAGAGUUGUUGUGGAAUUUAUCUUUUGGGCAUCUGGGUAGCUAACUCUGAUAGAAAGAGGCUUUUGUGGCAUCAUUGAUGCCUGCUCUACAUUAAGUAUUUAAAAUCCAUUAGAAUUGCAGGUUUUAAUUACCAGUAUGACUUUUGUAAAUUAUAAAUCAACAAAGACAGUACUGUUCUCAAUACCCGAUAUGAGACUAGAUAUUUACUGUACAUAAAGUGGAGUGGCUUCUUUGAAACACACUGUCCCCAUCUGUUCUCCAGUAUCUUAGAACAGUGUAUACUCUAAUCACCUAUCAGAUUUCCAGUUUCAUAUUCUGGAGCACAAGAGCUGAAUUUUGGGGGUGGUGGUGGUUCUUUUUGCUUAUUGGCAAACACUUUUUGCUGAUGUUUAAUUUUACUGUUUGCUAUUAUAUUCUAAUGGAUUAUUGAAUAUUGCUUUAUUUGAUAUAAGUUAUUCAUUUUAGAGUUAUUGUGAUUUUUUAAUAUUAGAUUGUUACUAUUAAUUUUUGAUGUUUUAUUAUGCUUUUAUAUGUUUUGGAAGCCACCCAGAGUGGCUGGGGGGGUAGUAAUAAUAAUAAUAAUAAUAAUAAUAAUAAUUUGGAAGCCACCCAGAGUGGCUGGGGGGGGGAAUAAUAAAUAAAUAAAUAAAUAAAAUGGAUAGCAUAAACAUUUAAUAAUAAAUAAUGGAUAGCAUUCUUUUCAUCCCUGCUUUAGUUUGAAAAAUAAGCUGCUUGAUGCCAGUUGUGGACUUGUGCCAAGUAUGCCAGCGAUCCAAAGAACUACUUUAGGCCUGCCCAAGGGUGUGGGCAUAUGUUUUUGAAUUUGAACAAUGGACAACACCAUAUAACAAACUAUCUUGAAAAGCCCUCACAAUUUCAGAUGCAUUUUUCUGUGUUCGUGGAUGGACAAGCAGGCAGCCUGGCUGCUGUUUGAAAGGAUGGAUCCUUCAGUGCAUGGAAUUAAUUUUGUGGUUGUUUGGAACUUGUAAUGUGCACACACACACACAAUGGUGAGAUAUGGUGAGGAGAAGGUGUCAUUAUGAAAUCAUAAUUUUCUGUGCUUGAGAAACAGUAACAUAUGACAACUUACUUAAGAAUAAACUGGCUAAUAAUCAAACUGAUGGAGCAUAGUUCCUAAAUGCUAGUCCAGCCUUUCAAAUUAGUCUACAAAUGUUACUUGGCCUCCCUACCCAAGUUAGCCGUGGCAACUAGUUUCUUGAUAAUUUGUGUUCUGAUGUUUGUGUACAUUGAAGGUACCACUUUUGAGUACCACAUGGUUACUGUUUUUAAAAUUUAAAUGGACCUCUUGAAGGUAGAUAGCAACUACAGUACUGUUCAAAUAAUGUUGCAGACAUGAGGCUAGAGCUGUGAAAGAGAUCUAUUGUAGAAAGGCUUUGGUUCUGGAAGAAGAGCAUACAGUGGUACCUUGGGAUGCGAACAGGAUCCGUUCCGGAGCCCCGUUCACUUCCCAAAGCGAACGUAACCCGUGUCUGCGCAUGCACAGGUCACGUUUCGGCGCUUCUGCGCAUGCGCGUGGCGUCAUUUUGACGGUCUGCACAUGUGUGCCCGGCGAAACCUGGAAGUAACACACUCCGUUACUUCUGGGUCGCCGCGGAGCGCAACCCGAAUUUGCCUAACCCAAAGCGUAUUCAUCCCGAGGUAUGACUGUAUUCGCGACAUGUGGCUUUGGCGUCACUAUAGUCCCAGCCUUUGAUAAAUGAAGUACGCAGUUAGUUUAGAUGUGGAGAAGAUUCUGGCUUAACUUUAAUGUUUGCAUUGCGAAUUUGUGUGAGUUUUUUCUUUCAUGAUAAUAGUUUCAUGCAGUUAAAUGUGACGCAUUUGUUGGCUGCUGAAGGGAAUGUUGAUAUCUAGUAGAUCUGCCUUGAUAAUUUAGGAGAGAAGUUUUGGUGAUUUAUUUUUUUCUUCCCAAGGAAGUUUCAAAUUAGGUUAUGGUAGAGUUGCAGAAAGCCGCUUAGAAAUUGUGAGAUUCUAUUCCAUUCUAAACAGUUUUGUUCUGUGUUCUGAACCAAACCAUUAGAAAACGCAGUGAAGCCUAAGUAAUUUAGGCUAGGGAGCAGGAUUCACAAUGGGUUGUUGGACUGGAUAAACCUUUGUUCUGAACCAGUAGGGCACUGGAGUUUGAAAAAGCUGAAGUUUGAAAAACACUGGUUGACUGAAGUAGGUGUUGGGAAUCUGCUUGGCUCUGAGAACAUCCAUAGGAUUCCCAGAAACGGAUCCAUAAAUCAAUCACUGGACAGUAAAUAGAGAGCUUCCUUUCAGGCAUGCUGAAUGGAGUAUGGGAUCAGUGCUUGUGUUUCCUUUCUGGCACACGGUCUAGGGCCAGCAAGGAUUGGGAACCUUUUCCUGUAUAAAGGCUGUAUUUCCUCUUGGCCAGCCCUUGGGACACACGGAUGUCAGCAGCCAAAAAAAUCUGAAUGUGGCCAGAGUGGGCUGGGCCAUCUCUUGUGCACACAGACACAUCCCUUCACUUUUCUGCAAUUCACAUCAACAGAAACCAAGAACAUUCAUUCCCUUUAUUCCUCUCCUCCUGCUCAAGUCACAGCCCAUACACAGGUGAAAUCUCUCCUUCGGUAUUCAGUUUGUCUUGUCCCUCACAUUUUCUGCCCCAAGGGUCGCUUGUUAAGGUUCUUGCUUGUGUUGAAUAGGGGUGAAUAGCCUUGUGGGGUUUUUUUAUGGUAUAACACUUUUCAAUGUAUUUGUAUUGAUUUACUGGAUACCUUGUUAUUAUUAUUAUUAAUUUUUUACUUAAAGCUUUUUCAGAAAUACACAAUAAAGUGAAAAAAGAGAAACACACACACAAAUGUGCAUUCACACAUAUAUAUGCAUAUGUAUAUAUGCUAAUAUAUAUAUGAUCAUUAAUGAUGAGCCUCUUGGGCUUGCUGAUCGGAAGGUCAGCGGUUUGAAUCCACGUGACGGGGUGGUCUCCCGUUGCUCUGUCGCAGCUUCUGCCAACCUAGCAGUUCAAAAGCGUACCAGUGCAUGUAGAUAAAUAGGUACCGCUGUGUCAGGAAGGUAAACGGCGUUUCCAUGCGCUCUGGUUUCCGUCACGGUGUUCCACUGCGCCAGAAGCGGUUUAGUCAUACUGGCCACAUGAACUGGAAAGCUGUCUGUGGACAAACACCAGCUCCCUCGGAGGAGAUAGUCGCCUUUGACUGGACUUAACUGUCCAGGGUUCUUUUAAUAACCUACUAUAUUCUGUAUGAACUUGCUCCAAAUAUCAAUAUAUUUAUCCAAGCAAAGUCUGUGUCUAUGAGAAAUCCAUUCAUAUGUUGCAAGUGCUGUCAUGUCUUCAAUCCAUUGAUUAAAGGAGAGCAUAUUUUUGUUAUUCCAACUCAUGAAUAACACAGCUUAAAAGUUUGGCUGUGACUGAGUGGGAAGAAGGAAAAUUCUCAUUAGCAGAGUGCUUCAGAAAUUGCUAUUUUUAAGCCCCAUCCAGCCCUCAUCCCAUAUCUAUGUAGACCAGCCGCGCAGAGUCUGGAUUAUUUACUGUAUAUGUAACUAAGCAGGAACUUCUUCUUACAAAGCUGUAACGUGAGUGGGGCAUUUCAGGCAGCCGUGAUCUCACAGCACUUCCAGAAUUAUUUGCAGCACUCAAAACUGAUAAUACAACUGAGCACUUCUGGAACUGCACAAAGAGUUAACAGCUGUUAAUGCUGGUGAAAACAUGAUCCCACUUGUUAGUAGUUCCCCAUCCUUGGUCUAGGUCAUGGGUUGAUAACCUGUGGUAUACAGCAUUCCUGGGCAGGAUGCAGGAUUACGUAAUCCAAGUUCACUCCUUGCAUUCAGAAUCAACUACAUAAACACUCUAGUUUCUAGGGGAUUUCAUUUUAAACAGACAUUCUGCAUUUUACUCAAUUGUCUAGACUUGAUUGUUAAAAAAUGAAAGUGCUCAUUUGUUGGGACAUUUGAACAACUUGCCAUAUGUAUGUCUGCAUACAACUUUUUAAAUCCCUGCAAGAUUAAACAUGUUGCAAAGUUAAAAUAUGGAAUGCAGAAGCUAUCGGUUAGAUGGCUGUUUCAUUUUUUAAUGAGUAGGCAGCCAUAGUUAUUUAAUUGUGAAGGUAGAAGCUUUUAAAGGGAUGGUUGUCAGUACAGUGGUACUUUGAUUUAAGAACAGUCCUGUUUACGAACAGUUUGGUUUACGAACUCCGCAAAACCGGAAGUAGUGUCCCGCUUUGAGAACUUUACCUCAGUCUACGAACAGAAUGCUGAUAGGGAAGGAUAAACAUCUGAUCUGCUCCACCCCCCAAUACACAGCUAAACUUGUCAGUGGUCCUCCAAGGAGGGGAUGGAAGGAACAGCUUCUGCUUGAAUCAGAGAAUGAAGUGUGGAGCACUAAUGGAGCUUCACUGACUCUCUAGUUCUGUGAUGGUACUUCCCAGUAGGAAUAGCGGUAUCAUGGUCCUGCUGAUUAUUGGUAUCACUCUGUAAAUAAACAAACGGUGAUGAUAAUUAUAAUUAUAAUAAUUGAACUCAUUUCUGACCUCUGAAUUUAGGUUCAUCAGCCCCUUCUUCCUUUUUAUUAGUGGGAUUUUUUGUUUGUUUCCACUGUAACAAGCAGCCUGACAAAGCCAUCUUCACCCCUGGAAGAUGGGACCCAAAGUGCUGGGCUAUACUGCAUCUUUCAAGGGAACUUCUCGUCAGUCUGCUUCUGUCUGUGAAGUCUGCUGAGAGGCCCUGGUACACACAGUCUCAUAACAUUAGCUAUAUAUUUAUAGUUUCCUCUUUGCAACCAUAUGAGAUAGGAAGUUGACAGAUAAAUAACAAAGUCUUUGGAAGCUGUGUGUGUGUGUUUGAGGAAUACAUUCACAACCUCACCAAGGUUGCCUGUGUCAUCUUUUUGAGGCUCUCUGGAAUCCUAACCCGAGGAACAUUUGAUAUCUAGUUGUCCCCUGAUGGUCUCAUUUUGUAUUUAAGUACAAAAUACAUAUAUCCUUAAAAGCCAGAAAGAAUGAAAUACUGGAUAAAAUGCUAAGGAAAAAUCAAGACAGGUAGCUGGGGGGAAAAAACAGUUAUAAGCCAGAUAAAUUGAUAUUUUUUGGACCAAUUUUUGUUGGUGAAAAUGUAUGUAAUCAGUUUAGUUAAAAGUAAUUAUUGUUGGGAUAUAACAUGCAAUAAAUAAAAUAACAAGCACAACAACCUUUCCAUUCUGCCUGACAGUUACCUGAACUCUAAAGCUUGCAUACUCUUUCAGUAAACUGGUCCAGAAAAAUAUUACAUUACCUAUUUUGUGUAUCUCAUUCUCUGGAGUUUCAAAGGAACUCUAGUUUUUGCCACUGUACUAUAAUUUCUGGCGACUUACCACUUCCUCUAGGUCACAGCCCAGCCCAAUACAGUAACACCUAAUUUACAGGCAACUGGCGAGAAAAGAAUAUACAAUACCAGUGAAUUGUGUGCUGGUUUUCCUGAAACCAAAUAACCUACAGAAGACAAAUUAGUGCUGCCUCUUCUUUUGUAGGCACUGAAACUUGGUUUUCUGAUUAUUUUGUUGAAAGCUGCUUUGAGCUUGUGUAAAGGUUGCCUGUAAAUGUGUUAUUUUUAAAAAAAUUGUCUUGUUUACAGGGCAUACUUUUUCGAGAGUUGUCUUGUUUACAGGACACAUUUUUUUGGAGAAUAACUUAAGUUUUGAGGUGUUAGGAUAAAAGCGCAAGAGCAGCUCCUUUAAAGGGACUGCCGGGGGGGGGGGGGGAUAGCAGAAGGAAUGUUUUCCUCUGUUUAUCCAGGUGGACUAUUUUGUUUGGGCAUCUGAGUUGCUUAUUUUGAGGUAUUCUCCAGCACUAAUGUGAAUACUUGCUUAAUGGUGGUACAUUUGUCUAAUUUACAAUAGUCAUAUAAUAUGAUUGUAUACCUCUCAAAUCACCAGGAGACUUAAUCCCCAUGGUUGACUUCAGUGAGACUACUUUGGAGUAAUUAAUUUUGUGGAUUGCAAUCUUUUAUCAUUGGUUUGUGACUUGAUCACUAAGCAUAAAUCACGAGCUGCCUUUUCAUUAACCCUUCAUUGCACCUGCACAUUUAUCUUUUUUGGAAUAAAACACUUAGAAGCAAAACAGUUCAGUAGUCAGGCUUGAGUAUCUGAAGCAUUUAAAAUUUAGAGUCCAGAUCUUACAGCUUUGCUGUUGUUUCUUAACCUUCCCAACUGCUUCACUUACAGUGUUAGGUUUUGCGGUCCCUGGAAGCAGCUAUAUGAUGUUGCAGGCUGGAAUUAUUUAGCUAUACAGUAUAUAUCAAACCUAACAAUGGGAGAAGUUUUGGGACACAGUAGUACAUGUGAGUUUGGUAAUGUUGGUAAGUCAAGCAAAUGGGGCAAGCUGUAGUUCCCAACGCUACCGCAUAAGGAGUGUCAGAUGUAGUAUUUACCGUAUUUUUGCUCUAUAAGACUCACUUUUCCCCUCCUAAAAAGUAAGGGGAAAUGUGUGUGUGUGUCUUAUGGAGCGAAUGCAGGCUGCGCAGCUAUCACAGAAGCCAGGACAGCAAGAGGGAUUGCUGCUUUCACUGCUCAGCGAUCCCUCUUGCUGUUCUGGCUUCUGAGAUUCAGAAUAUUUUUUUUCUUGUUUUCCUCCUCCAAAAACUAGGUGCGUCUUGUGGUCUGAAUCGUCUUAUAGAGCGAAAAAUACGGUACUCAGCAGGAAGAAAUGGUAUGGGCUGUGCAAGUUCUAUCCUCCAUUGUUCUGUGCUCAGGCUUUCAGUUUUUGGGAAAUAUUCCUACUUUGUGAUCAAAAACAUUUGCCACUGAUUUCUCACUAUAGAACCCUACCCACCCCCAUCCGCUUCCCUUAGAAGUAUAUGCAGCGUCAGGUUACUGCUAUUCUAGCAAACAUCCUGUAAAUUAAAAAAGGUAGUUCUCAAGAAAUUUGUUUCCAUCAUUUACAGUUUCUACUAAGGGACUCAGCAGCCGCAUAAGACCUGUGGAAUUUAAGCAUGGUUUACCAUAAAAGCAAAAAUAAAUUUUGUCAUUUGACUGCAACCAUAAAUAUUAGAUAAGGACACUGAUAACUUCUUUCUGUUGGCUUUUUUUCUGAGUUGGAUUCCUGUAAGAGAUUAAAACCAGUGUUAGAAAUGCAGAUAUAUAAUCUAAUCAACAAAUACAGUAGAGUUUCUGUGAGACGUAUGUGCACACUGAUUACAGCUGAUUGGUUGGACAGGACUUCAGGAAUAUGAGUUGUCAUCUUGUUCUUUCAACUUACCAAGCUGCUUUUGUACCUUUGAUCUUUUAUUUGUUGGGGGCUGCUAUAGUUGCCAUUUUAUAAACUUGAAAAAACAGACCUUUUAUAUGAAAGCAGAUAUACAUGUAACUCUUGUCAGGACUGUUUUUUGGAUUUUUAAAAUGUUUAUUUAUCCUGGGUAUUGUACUUGGGCUAACCCUGAAAAACAGCUUAAAUUAUAUUUAGUUAAAAUAAAAAAUUAAUAGUUGAAUAGCACCUUAAAGGUAAAGGGACCCCUGACCUUUAGUCGAGUCGCAGACGACUCUGUGGUUGCGGCGCUCAUCUUGCUUUACUGGCCGACGGAGCCGGCAUACAACUUUCAGAUACCAUGCACACGAAAGCAGAUACCUAUAACAAACUUAGUUGCUCUAUAAGGUGCUACUGGACUAUUUUUUAAUUUUUUAUUUCGACUGCAUCAGACCAGCACGGCUACCUACCUGAUUUUAUAUUUAGUUAGUUUAUGGCGGGUGACGCUGUGGUCUAAACCACAGAGCCUAGGGCUUGCCGAUCCGAAGGUCGGCAGUUCGAAUCCCCGCAACAGGGUGAGCUCCCAUUGCUCGGUCCCUGCUCCUGCCAACCUAGCUGUUAGAAAGCACAUCAGAGUGCAAGUAGAUAAAUAGGUACUGCUCCCGUGGGAAGGUAAAUGGCGUUUCCGUGCGCUGCUCUGGUUUCACCAGAAGCGGCUUAGUUCAUGCUGGCCACAUGACCCAGAAAAACUGUCUGUGGACAAACGUUGGCUCCCUCGGGCGGUAAAACAAGAUGAGCGCCGCAACUGGACCUAAUGGUCCAGGGUCCCUUUACCUUUGCCUAGUUUGUGUAUACACCCCAGGCACUCUCAGGCCCCACUGAGACAGAACGGCCCAGAGAUUCAUCUCUACACACCCUCAAGGCUGUGUUAUUCCUAGAUAUUUGAGCCCUUUUCAGUUUCUUAAUCACCCUACACUCUUUCUCCAAGCUUUCUGCAUUUACCCUUAUUUUGGUGCUUCAUCUAGCUUUCACAGGCCCUGCCCCAGACCAAACAAGCAUCCAGUUCCUGAAGAGAGGCUGCGGCCAACCCUCCUUGCUUUUCCUUUUCACAAAUGGCCAGAUUGCACUUAAUUAACCAUCUGUUUUAUUGGCUAGUUUUACAUGUUGGGGAAAGGGGAACACAGAGCUUCAGAAAUGAAGCUCAAAACCGUGUGAUACUGGAGACUGCAUGUGAAGACUUGGAACAGGAGUAAUUUUUUUCCUGGUUUUUAUACACGAUUGCUGUAAAAUGGAGUUGGGAAAAGUUUUCACAGGAUAAAAAUGAGACUACUGGAAAGGCCAAAUCUAUGUGUGUUUAAAAAUGUAAUAUUUUGUGUUUUAUUUUUAUAAGUGGUCAUAUAUGAAUUUCACUUGCAAAAAAUAUGGAAAGGGUGAUGACAGCUUAAUUAUUUUGAAUAACAUUUAGAACAGAGGAUAAACUAACAUAAAUUAAUCUGCAAUAAAGGAAACACGUUUAAGGCCUUGUAUAAUGGAGUAGGUGGUUUUAAUAUAUAAUAUUGGUGGAGAUAGUUCCUUUCAGCAGUGUUUAGGUAAUCAUCAUAGCAUUUCUUGGUAAUCAUACUAAAUGUAUAGUAGCAGUUGUUUCAGAAUCCAAAAGUAUUGGCAGGGCAUAAGUGCUGUUUACAUGUAUUUUAGAAAUAGAGGACUUGAUUACUAUUGUUGCUGUUCCAGUGAAGGGCAUUAAGUCCUCAAUCAGGAAGACCACCCAUGGAAUCAGAAAGUUACCACUCUGGGAGUGUAUACACAAACAACAGUGAAAAAAGGUCACCACCAGUAUCAAUUCUUUUUUAUUUAGCCAUUAUAUAGGGACAAGCAGCCAAGCUGAAGUAUCUUUGCAGAAGUCAGUUGUUGUUAAACCAUAAUUCCUCCCUCAAGCUUAAGAUGUGGUCUUCUUCACUGCCUGGUAAGGGCAUUAAGACCUGAAAAUGGAACCUGGUUAGUUAGAUUUGUCAUGGCCUGAUGAAUGUCAGCUUGUAGUAACAUGGAGGUGGGCUUUUUCUCUGGUGCCACCCGUACUGUUGAAUGCUCUGCCUGCUGAAAUAUGGGAGGCCCCAUCGGUAUUGGCAGUCUGGUUGCCCUUGAAGAUGCGCCUCUUCAGACCAGCAUUUCCUUCUGUUAGAUAUUUAAUUUUGGAUGUUUUAAUGUAGUUGUUUUACUGUGUGUGUUACCUGUAGUUUUAUAAUUGGCUUUAUUCUUACUAUUUUGCUGUUGGAUUUUGUCUCUCAUCUGCCUUGGUAGCCCUUCUUGAAAUAAAAUGCAAUAUAUUGAUAAUUCCUUUUACUACUAACACUACUAUUAAUAGUACAGCAGCAACAUUGGGCUAAAUCAGAGAUAGCAAAUAUGAUGACUUCCAGAUGUAGUUGACCAUUGGCACUGCUGGCUGGGGCUGCUGGGAGUUAAGAGUCAAAUAUCAUCUGGGGGGCUCCAAGUUGGCUACCACUGUGCCAAACAGUAUACCUGCUGGUUGAUGAGAAUGGUCUCAAGUAUAAGGUUUGCAUUAUUGUCUGAAAAAGACCUGAGCAAAGUAGAGGUAACCUAGAGCUGAGAGCGAAUAGAAAAACAAGACAGAUGAAACCACAGGUGGAACAUUGACAAAUUUUGAGUGCUACCCUGUACUCAUCAUAACUUAUCAUUAUUGGCAGAUCACUGUGUGCAUGCCACAAUUCUGCAGAAGUGCAGAGAAAACACCAAAUGUGGAAGUGGCCACAGAGCUCUUGCUUCCUGAGAAACUCUGCUUUUGCCUUUUAGUGGUGGUGGUGGUGGCUGUUAGAGAGGAGUCUUCAAGCCUUAUGACUGUGAACCCUGCCUUGAACACUUGUAUGCAAUGUUUUCUCCUUAUGGAAGCCUUAAAUGUGGUUGAAUAAGAUACUGGCAGUUUGGGGGGGGGGCAAGGCCCUGGAUGGCUGUUUGCAAGGAGAAACAGCAUGAUGUAUGCACAGCUCUGGCUAUCAUUAAAAAGUUAGCAACAGUCUAUUCCAGGGCUAGGGAGCCUGGGGCCCCACAAAUCUUACUGAAGUCCAACUUUCAGUAUGGCCAGUGGACAGUAAUGAUGGGAGUUGUAGUUUUACCCUAUCUGGAGGGCCACAGGCUCCACAACCCCGGGCAUGGUUUCAGUCCAUUCUCCAUGCUCCCAUGAUUUCAGUGAAAAAAGGACCCCCAAGGUAGCUUAUAAAUAGAACAAAGCAUAAAACUAUACUAUAUCUCCUGCAUCAUGAAUCCCUCUUCAGUUUGUGCUGUGGAUAAACAACAUUCCUCUGGUAAAUAUGCUUCAAGUCCUGAGUUACCUUGACAGGGCUCCAAGGCAGUAGGAAGUUGUACAAAUCCUGCCGACCUAGUUCUUUGUGUAACUUGGGGAGCUGCCAUCCGCAUUGUGUUUGUGACACAGGAGUGCUUCUGCCUGUCAAUAGUUAUGUCUAAAAACACGAUGUGGAAAGAGGAAUGUAAGCUGUGUUCAGGAAGGGUACACUGACUGACGGGUGUUGCCAAAGGCAGAAGAAGCAGAUGUUGCCAAGAGAGAUGGGAGCGGCUUGGCAGCAUCCACAGGGUGUGGGCCAGCCCUUUCCAACAGACACAGCAGCGAGUUCUGAGGAAUCCAAAACGAAUCAGGGCUGCAAGUAUUUGCCUAUUUAAAACAACCCGAUGAACUUCAACUUUCCACCCAGAAGAUACUGUUCCUUCUCUCUGCCAGUUCAUUUCCUUCCCCACUGCCAUUUUCCUCCCAUUUCUUUGAACCGCUAAGCCUUUUAAAAAAGCCCUUUCCUACCUUCCUACUCUUCUCUCUUUUGACAUGCUGUGUUCCCAAACCCCAGCUGCGCCUCGUCUUACAGCUUUGCUUUUUAUUUCUCCCCUCCAAACCCAGAUUGGAGCACCUCUGCGAAUCACAGUUGACGAUCCUUACUGUUAGAGCAGUUUAGUCACUGGUAGAAGGACUUUUCUGUGAGCCCCACACCUCUGCAACAUUGCCACAGCUUAUUCAGUUGUUGCAAGAGGUGCCAAUGGCAUAUAAUAUUUGAAGCAACUUUCAGACCCUUAUCGGAGGACGGGAUAUAACUCUAGCCAUAUUGUUAUCAGGAAACAUCAAGUAACAUUUCUGGUGCUUUUUAUAUGGGCUUCCUUGCCAGUAUUUGAAACUCUGGUAUAAGCUAGAUGCCAAACAGCACCUUAAACCUAGGUUGCGCUUGCCACAGUGGAAUGUCUUGUUUGUCCGGGGGUUGGAAUAAAUCACCCUCAGGGUCCCUUCCAGCUCUACAGUUCUAUGAUUCUAUGAUCUCAGCUACAUUGUUUGAAUGCAGCUUUCUCUUACAACAAUUCUCUUGUCCCAGUAUUCAAGAAGAAGAAACACACAAAGUGGAAAUGGCAAUGAACCAUGAACUAAGGCAGAAGUUUUUAAAUGCUGAUUGCUGGGUUCCAUUUGGGUGCCUUGUGGAAAGCAGUCGUGUGUGUGUGUGUGUGUGUGUGUGUGUGUGUGCGCGCGCGCUUGCGCUUCUGAAAUACCACUUGUUGGAAGCUGCAAGAGAAAUUGCCUCCUCUUAAAUGUUGUAAUAGCUUUAUGAAUAGGCUUAUUAGUAGCCUUUUGAAGUUACCAAAAAUAUUUCAUUUGACUGAAUUGUGUAUGUGUGUGUGUUUCAUCACAAUCUGAUAGAAGUGGUGGUUAAUCACAUCUAAAUUAAUUUAAGUGCUUGCUGCACUAGAUCAUUUUAGUGGGUCUGGCUUCAUCGUUGAAACAGAUGGGUUGUGCAGCUGAGAUGCUUGAUGGAUCCAUCCUUGGUACACUGAAUCAAUUGAUUGCUGGCAACCUUGCUCAUAAUUCAGGUAGCAAUAUGUGAUAUUUUAGGAAUAGUUUUAUUAAUAACCACGUAGCCCUUUUUGUAAUACUGCUUGAGUGUUCAGAGUGUUGAAUCAUAUUUACAGCCUUGCAAGGCAGAUGUGGGGGAACAUUUGACCCUCCUCAUGUUUGCUGAACUGCAGCUCCCAUCAGCCCCAGCAAGCAUGGCCAAUGGGUAUUGUAGUUAAGCAAUAUCUGGAGAGCCGAAGAGCCCCCACACUUGUUGUAAGAUAAGAUCUAUAUUAACAUAAGCUGUGCAGGAUCAGACAAAAGACCCCUCUCAUCUGACAGGUUUACCACACUGGUAAUGUCACCCAGAGAACCUAGAUUUGUAGGGCUAUUAAUUAAUUAAUAAAUGCCUCCUGGAAAACCUCCAGAGCUGGCUAUUAAUUUAUGUAUUUAUUUCAAUAAUUCAUAUCUUCCGAGAGAGUCUCGGCAGCUUACAUCCUUCAUCAAACACAAAACAAUACCUUAGCUGCAAGCAUCAUUUGAAAACUGCCUUUCAACUCCCCAUUAGUCACUUUUAUGCUGGCUGUUCUGUUUUCUUCACUAUCUUCCAUCUUGCCUUUCACUCCGCUAGUUCGAAUGCCACAGGAGCUCCCUUCCAAUUCUCCUCCCACAAAACCCAGCACACUGAGCCCUGAAAAUCACCCUCCACCUUCCAAAUAGUUCACUUUAUAGCGAACUAUAACUAUAUACUCUCCUACACAUUUCUCAACAAUUCACUGCCUCUUGCUGCCAAAUCAUUCCUCACGGCACUCCUGUGCCAAUCCUCCCUAAAGUUCCACAAACCUCCCUUUCAUCUCGCCCAACCUUUCAGUGCUGUAGUCAAAACUCCUUCUGAAGUCAACAGCCCCUGCUCCUUAUCAGUAGCAUAUUGAACCGUCACAUUGUGGUUGGUGCGGGCAGACCUGUUUUCCUUGAAUUUCUCCAAUCGCCUUUUAUUACGUCUGUACAUUGCCUUUCCAGCAUAAGCUACCCAAGGUAGCUAAGAUUAAAAUGAACUCUUUAAAGGUUAUAUAUUAAACAAUAUUGAUAUAAUGGUUAGUAUCAGACUAGGAUCUGGGAGCCCAGAGUUUGAAUUCCCACUCAGCCAUGAAGCUCACGGGGGACUUUGCGCCUCUCACCGUGAACUCCUGCCAGGAGAAGUGGGAUAUAAAUGUAGUAUUAAUAAUUGUGUGUAUGAAAACGGGGGGUGGGGGGUGGAAAUCACAGUUUGUUGUGAAAUGGUGGCCACUCGGUCACAUUUUGGAUUAGCCCUAGGUGUGCACAGUAGUUCUAAGUUGACAAAAUUGCCUCUCAAUUUGAGGAGACAUACUACCCUUCAGCAAAGCAAAGCAAAGCAAAAACGAACAUUUGCAGUAUAUUUGAUUUUUAGAACAAUUCUUGGCUCAGCUGGUGAAUUUCCUUGUAAUUGCCACAACACAGAGAAUUUUUAGGGUAGAAAUUCUGCAGAGAAGGGUGCACGUGACGAAGUGGUAACAGAAGUGAAACUACCGAAAAUAAUGAUUUUGCAUAGACUUUUCUCUGUCUUCUUUAAACAAAUGGGAGGGGGGGAUUGGAAGGUGAGCUCAUAUUACAGAAGCGAUGCUGCAGAUCCAGGGUAUCUUGUACAGUGGUAAAGGUAAAGGGGACCCCUGACCAUUAGGUCCAGUCGUGGCCGACUUUGGGGUUGCAGCGCUCAUCUCGCUUUAUUGGCCAAGGGAGCCGGCGUACAGCUUCCGGAUCAUGUGGCCAGCAUGACUAAGCUGCUUCUGGCGAACCAGAGCAGUGCACAGAAACGCCGUUUACCUUCCCACGAGAGUGGUACCUAUUUAUCUACUUGCACUCUGACGUGCUUUUGAACUGCUAGGUUGGCAGGAGCUGUUGAUUUAAGCAGAGUCUGUCGUGCCCAGCGGAAGGAUGAGAAUACGUGCUACAUACUCUAUAUUGCUUUAUUUACAGUUCAAAGCUGGUAUAUUACAGAAAGACAUCUUGCCUCUGCAUGAGCAGAGAAAUGCAUCCUCUCUCCUCAACAGCUCGGAGAGAAUCACACAGUGAAAAACAGGAAACCAGUGUACGUCACAUCCAGUCUCCCUUUCCCGUGAGAAACUCCAACAGUACAGACUGUGGAAUGUAAACACCUGUCUUGUGACUGCAGUUGCUGCUCAGUGAAGGAAAUAGAAACCAACAUCCUCCCCCUUUCUGUGAACAUCACUGGGCAGCGUGUUUGCACAAUAUCAGUACAAACCCAACUUCUGCACAUAGGUACAGUGUUGAUCCCUUGAUACAAUCUUGGACAAUACAUCAGCAGGAAUUUCAUUACCUGGCAUAUAGGACACCGUUACGAGUCCCUUCUGAAUACAUUCCCUAGCAUGCUGCAACUUUAAUUGCAAGUGCUUUGUGCUUUGCUUACAACCUUCAGACUUCAGCAAAGCCAAACAUGCUUUGUUGUCCUGGUAAACCUGGAUUGGACAUUUGACAGGAAUUUUCAUAUCUUUGCACAAUUGUACUAACCAUUCACAAUCCUUAAGUGAAUAAGACAGUGCAUUCAGUUCAGCUUCACAAGUACUUAAGCUAACUGUUGUUUGCUUCUUGCAUGACCAAUCAAACAGACUCUGAUUGUACAUAUAGCAAACUCCAGACGUACUUUUCCUGUCUGUAGCGUCACUUCCAAAACUUGCAUCUGCAAAUAUCUCAAGACCACCAGACUUCUGAUUGUUAAAUCUCAGUCUGUAAUGCAUAGUGCCUUUCAAAUACCGCGCUAUGCGUUUCAGAGCUUUCAAUCCUUGACACUAGGAUUGUUGACUUGUCUGCUUAGCAAAUUACAGCUAACAGCAAUGUCUGGUCUUGAACAUCUGGCAAUGAAGUUUAGCUUGCCUAGCACACUCCUGUACAGUGUAGUGUCAGAAAAUGCUUCUUCAGUGUCAUCUACCUGAUAACCUGUUGUCAUCGGUGUGUCUACAGGGUUAGCAUCCAUCAGAUUUAGUUUGCUUAACACAUCAGCAAUUUUCCGUGACUGGUGUACUAGAAUGUUACCAUCUUGAUCUCUCUCUAUUUCCAGAGAUAGGUAGUUGUUUACCUCACCAAGAUCUUUCAUGUCAAAGUGCUCUUUCAGUUGAGCUAGGGCGCUAUUGUACAUUGCGACAUCUUUCCAAAAGAAUAAUAAAUCAUCAACAUAAAACAAACAGUACAGUUUCUUUUGCCCCUCCUCUUUGACAAAUACACAUGGAUCAGCUUUCCCUUGCUGAAAACCUAGAGAAAACAAUACUUCAGUGAGUUUUGUGUGCCAACACCGUGCACUUUGUUUGAGACCAUAAAGGGAUUUCUUCAGAGCACAAACAAAUCCCUGUUUUACCUGUACGCCAUCAGGUGGAAGCAUAUAAAGUGAUUCAUCUAGAGAUCCGUACAGAAAAGCUGUAUUAAUAUCAUGGUGACUAAUGUGUAGAUUUUCCUCUACAGCUAGCUUGAGCAUAAACCUAAUGCUUUCAUAUCUCACUGUGGGUGAAUAGGUCUCGUGAUAGUCUUCACCUGGUACCUGUGCAAAACCUCUGGCUACCAAUCUGGCUUUGUGUCUGACUAUCUUGCCAUUUUGAUCUGUCUUCGCUUUGAAGACCCAUUUGCUUCCAAGCAGUUUCAUUCCUGGAACUACUGGAACUAGCUCCCAUGUUUUGUUCCUUUCUAAGGAAUCAAGCUCAGCCUUCAUGGCAUUUAACCAUGGCUCAGCUUCCUUUGAAUCCAAACCCUGGAUUUCUUGAAAACUUGAAGGUUCAAAUACCUUCUUGGAGCUUUUAACAGCUGUUACUGCUAUCGUAGCAAACUCAUCAGCAAAUCUCUUUGGAGGUUUGCCUUUUGUGGCUCUCUGUGACCUACGAAUUAGCCUUAAGUCUUCAACACUCUCCUCUUCCUUCUUAGGAGAAAAACGACCUAUUGUGAACAAUGGUUCCUCCAAUUCUUGAUCAGAGCUUUCAGAGGGUCGCAUAGAGGCUUUCGCACUCUUGAAAUCCUCUGAAUCACCCGAUUCAGUUUCAGAUUCAGACUCAGAACCUUCAUCAGUGGGUGUGGGCUGUUGUGGUUGCUUUGACUAUCCUCAGUCUCAUCACCGUCAUCAGGAUAACAUUGGAAAAUUCCCACAUUCUCCCCCACUUUGCAUUGUACUCAACACUUCUCGUGAGCUUAAUUGUCUUAGAGUCAGUCAUCAUUAUUCUGUAAGACCCUUUCUGAUAACCUAGAAAGAUACCAUGCAAUCCACGCUUGUCUAACUUGGAGUUUUGUGGUGAGUGAACCCACAUGUCAGAACCAAAAAUCUUCAUGUGUUUGAUGUAUGGCUUCUUGCCAAACAUCUUUUCAUAGGGGGUACACCCAAUCGCUGAAGAUAACCUGCGAUUGUAACUGUAAACAAAACACGAGAGAGAUUCGGCCCAAUAACUCUCUGGAAGAUUGGCAUCAUGCAGCAAGGUUUUUAACCCUUGAAGCAAUGUCUGAUUUGCCCGUUCCGCAAGUCCAUUCUGCCAUGGCGAGCGAGGACUAGACAAAUCGUGUUGAAUUCCUUUCUCAGUCAGAAAAGCUUCAAACUGCUGAGAAGUGAAUUCCCCGCGAUCACUGAAAAGAGUCUUUAUCUUCUUACCAUGCACAUUUUCCAACCAAGCACAGAAUUCCUUGAACCUAGGAAAAGCCUCCGAUUUCUGCUUGAGAUUGUACACAAAAAUAUAUCUAGAAAAUGCAUCAAUGAGAACCAUGAAGUAUCUAUUUCCACCCAAAGAGGGCGCGAGUGGUCCAACCAAAUCAGCAUGAACAACCUGGUAUGGUUCUGUAGCUUUCCUACUAGACACCUUACCUUUCGCAGCCAUUUUCACCUUGUUUGCUGCGCAUGCUUUGCACUUCAUGUGGUACCUGCAGGGUUUAAUAGUCAUACCUUCAACCAAGGCAGGCAUUUUAGAUACUGCCUCAAAAUGCAAAUGACCAAAUUUGCGAUGAAAAUCGUGAAUACAUUCUGCAUGCAAACUUUUGUUAGAACCUGCAAUGCAACAAGUGUCAUCCUGCACCACAUCAUCAUAAUACAAAACAAACAAAUGAUCAACAUAUUCUGCAUGCAAUACAUAAUCAUUUUUCUUUGUGAUGAUGCACUUCUUGUUCUUGAAGGAAACGUCAAUGUUCCGCUCAUUCAGCUGUCCAACGCUGAGCAGAUUAUGUUUGGCGUCUGGCACGUAAAGCACAUUCUGUAUCGAUAAGUCCAAACUGUGAAGAACAACAGUUCCGUAGCCUUUACUGGGAAUAGUGUGGUCAUCCGCCUGGUGAAUCGCACCUUCCUGCGGUGUAAAAGACACAAACAGUUUCUUAUCGUUGCACAUGUGGUGGGUGGCCGCUGAAUCAACAACGAAGAAAGAUCUAGACGUCUUCUGGACCUCUGCAACCUUUGGAGUGAAGCGUGAAACCAUAGCCUUGUGCUGCGUUGUCCUAGACACCGGACCUUUGCCUUUGUCUCGGCCUUUUCCGCGCGAUGAGCUUUCGCUGCGCUGCUCUGUCUUGGCCCUGGGAUGUCUGCAUUCCCUCUUCAUAUGGCCUAGACGUCCACACGAGUCGCAUUUCACUGCCUUCAAAGCUUUGGCGCCAUCUGGUGGUUCCACUGCACUAUGGGAUGACGUCUGUGAAGACGCCCCCAUGCCCAUGCAGCUAGCACCCGGCGAUCUGCUUCAUUUAAAAUUACGGCAGUAACAAAGUCCACUGUCAGCUGAGCAGUUGGUUGCACAGCAAUCUGGGUUGCAACAGACUCCCAACCUGAACCCAAAGAUUGUAGUAUCAUGAAAGAAUACACAGCCUCUGGAAAGUUGAGUCCUCUCUGUUGCAGCUCAUGUCUCAGAUUUUGCAUCUCCAUUAGAUGUAAACGCACAUCUCCACCUUCAGCAAGAGCCAUAUUAUGCAGCUUGUUAAAGUAAAACAUAGUUGAUCCAGCUUCUGUCCUUAAGUGAGCCUCUCUCAGAGCGUCCCAAAUUUCUCUGGCUGAGGUCUUAUCACGCAAUAGACAGAGCUCUUCUGGGGAUACUAUCAAUGUAAGAGUUCCCCUUGCUUUGGAAUCCUUAGCUUUCCAUGCAUCUGUAACUGGAACUGGGGGGGUUCCUGUAAUCACCUCAAACAAACCCUCUUUCCGCAGAAUUGCCUCUGCAUACUGAACCCAGUCGCUAUAAUUAUUCUUGUUGAGCUUAGGAAUCCUACAAGCAUCCUGAAGGGCCAUCAUGACUCUGGCAUUAGCCUUCAGCGUCAUAUGCUGCUUUAAUUCUUGCUGCGUCACUGCUGCAGCUGCCUCAUUACAAAGGCACACUUAAAAGUUACUUUCGAUUUCCCCAGCAUAGUGACUUGUGCCUGGGAGCCUUUUGCCUAUUCCCGGCAAAACCGGCUUUAAAAGUUCAAAGUCCAGCCAUAAAGCCAUUAAUUUGAAGCUGGCAGGCUGCCCGGAGCAGUAGCACAUACCUCAUCAAUCACUUCUACGCGCAGAGCAGAUUCCUUUCCGAUCCGUCCCUCUGCAUUCCGAUCCUUUGCCGGCACUCCGAUUCGACCUCUGGAGUCCAUAACCACGUGUUGAUUUAAGCAGAGUCUGUCGUGCCCAGCGGAAGGAUGAGAAUACGUGCUACAUACUCUAUAUUGCUUUAUUUACAGUUCAAAGCUGGUAUAUUACAGAAAGACAUCUUGCCUCUGCAUGAGCAGAGAAAUGCAUCCUCUCUCCUCAACAGCUCGGAGAGAAUCACACAGUGAAAAAACAGGAAACCAGUGUACGUCACAUCCAGUCUCCCUUUCCCGUGAGAAACUCCAACAGUACAGACUGUGGAAUGUAAACACCUGUCUUGUGACUGCAGUUGCUGCUCAGUGAAGGAAAUAGAAACCAACAGGAGCAGGGACCGAGCAACGGGAGCUCACCCCAUCGCUGGGAUUCGAACCGCUGACCUUCUGAUCGGCAAGCCCUAGGCUCUGUGGUUUAACCCACAGCGCCACCCGCGUCCCCUGUACACUGGUACCUUGGGUUAAGUACUUAAUUUGUUCUGGAGGUCCGUUCUUAACCUGAAACUGUUCUUAACCUGAAACACCACUUUAGCUAAUGGGGCCUCCCACUGCCGCCGCGCGAUUUCUGUUCUCAUCCUGAAGCAGAGUUCUUAACCCAAGGUACUAUUUCUGGGUUAGCGGAGUAUGUAACCUGAAGCGUAUGUAACCUGAGGUACCACUGUACGACCCUUUCCCUCCCCAAGAGAGAUCUCUGAAUAGGACCUCAGAGGAAGCAUGCCAAGCGGCUUAUAAGGCAUUCCUGUUCAAAAGGCAUAGCUGUUCAGUUUCUCCAUGAGUAAGUCAUCUGGAUAGCUUAAAGGAAUUGCCUUACAUGGAAGAUCUGAGCUGCUGUGAAAUGCAAGCUAUAUUGGGUAGAAAGAGUAACUGGGAAAAAAUAGCUCAACCUUUCAAAAACUUGAUAUGAGGAUGGUGCCUACCCUCCUGCUCAUCUUUCCUACACUGCUACUUCUUUCAGGCUUUGCAUAUCUCUGCAGCCGCUGCUCUGGCUUGCUGGUUAUCCUCUCCACCACUUUGGUGGAGCUAUUCCAGUGGGACCAGUGCCACACAUAGAGCCAGUACCACAGGUAGAGCCAUGUGCUUGACCAUGGCACUGCAUUGCUUUUGAGUUUCUAGUACUGUGGCCUUCAGAGGCACGGCUGGUGUUGGCAGAGGACAAGAGUGUCUACUAGUGGUGGACCCUCACAAUGGGAUUCCUUCCCAAGGAAGUCCCAGUCACCCACACCUUGCAGGCUUUUGCAAAGAUAGCCGAAAGCUUAUUUCGGGCUGACUAAACAAUUUUAAUUAUUUUAACAGGGAUUAUUAUUUUGUUGUUUUGGCAUUUGUUUUUGAUUAAGCGCUUGAAAUAGUUCUGAAACUUCAUUAUUUCGUACUGAACGCAGUAACUCUGUAUUGGAAUUGCUAGCAGUUGUUAACUGCUUGCAAACCACUGCUUUUCAACCUUUGGACAGCUCCUGCCACCCCCAGCCACCUUGGCCAAUGGACAAAGAGGAUGGGAGUUAUAGUGCAACAUCAUCUGGGGGCUCAAGGCUGAAGAACACUGUUGUAAACCACCUAUGGAGCCUCUUCUAGCACUGAAUGUCAGAUUAAAGGGGUCCCCACCCCUUUUAAAGUGCAGUUAUGAAGGCUAUGUGGUUGAGGUUCUUUCUCCCAUCUAGACUAAAAACCUGUGGCGUUUUUCAGGUGGCUAGGAGAGUGGUAUGGUGGCUCUAUCUUCAGGUAGUGACUUGGAGGCAAUAAUUCCUCAGUGAAAACACAAGGCAAAAUACACAUGGUCUUAAAUACUUAUGCUUAACUUCAUUUCCGCAGGAUAAGUUCAGAACGCAGAAAGGAGAAGUCCAGAGAUGCAGCCAGGUGCAGGAGGAGUAAGGAAUCGGAGGUGUUCUAUGAACUGGCUCACCAGUUGCCUCUUCCCCACCAUGUGAGCGCACAUCUCGACAAAGCCUCAAUUAUGAGGCUAACAAUCAGCUACCUGCGCAUGAGAAAACUGCUUGAUGCAGGUGAGAUUUUACAGGUGAAGUAGGAUGGAGUGAAAAGUAGGGUUUGGAACAAUUCGGUGAAUCAGAAGUUUUAACUCUUGUGUUUGUGUUGCAAUGAUCUGAAAUUGCAUCAUUUCCCAGCAGCUUAAUUUCACUCCCCACCCCCUGCAGGUCAGGAAGGUCAUUUCGUGAAAUAAUUGGAGGGGAAAACUCAAGAACUAUCUUUUUUUCAGUGGUUGGAGCUCAAAGUGUGCCAUCCUCUCACCCUCAACCCCUGUGACGUUGCUUUUGCUAGAGAAUGUUACCUCCACAAAAUGAUGAGCUCUGGAAGAGAUAACAGACUUGCUACAUUUUGUUAAAGAAUGACAGCAACACAAGCUUUUUCGAGGUUUAUUUGCAUAUAUACCCUGCUCGGUUAAAUUGCCACUGUUUUCACAUAUUUUCUCAGCUGCCUCUGCCAUCUCUUAAAAGCCCAUUUUAUGUACCUUUUACAUAACCUUUAAUACCUGGUUUAUGCGGAGACAGACAGUAAAAGGACCAGGGCAUGGUUUGAAGGCACACGGUGCUCUAAACUUACUGAAACUAGUUUGCUCUGUGCUUGGAUGGCACAUACUGUAAGUUCCUGAUUUACCUGAGAGAGCCAAACAUGUGUGAUCUCAUCCACUUAUGUACUUAAGUACUUAUUGGGGUGAGGACUUUUCCCUGAGAAAUUUGUGAUGUUAAGUUAUGUGAGUAGCAUAGGUCAUAAGUACAUAUUAAAAUUGGAACAGACACCAUAGUAGUAAUAUCAAUAUCAGUCCAUGUCUUGUUCUAACAUACAAAAUCAAGUAUUCUUCAUUUUUUCGUUAAAUUGGUUCUCCUGUUUUACUUCACAGACUUUUAUUAGUUUUGCUAUAGUGAUGAAUAUCUCAGAUACUGGAGUGUUGAGGCAAUAAUCUAAUAAUAAUAAUAAUAAUAAUAAUAAUAAUAAUAAUAAAUUAUUAUUAUAAACAACUGCCUUUCCUUUCAAGAAGAAAUAUAGAGGUGAUUCACAAACAAACAAAUUUAUUAUUUAUACCCUACCCGUCUCAGGUAUAAAAGCCAAGAAGCAAAAUAAUAAUAGUUUAAACCAAUUACAAAAUAUAGAGCUACCUGUAAUUAAAAUACAUAGUAAAACAAGUGAAUUAAAGCACCCAUAAUUAAAUAUACAAUGAACAAGCUAUUUAAAACAACAAAACAGUUAAAGCAGUUAAACAACAAUCAGAGUAAGAGAUUCAAAUCUAGGGAUCUGGAAAAUUGAAUGCACUGGCUUCAUUUCCCAAAUCUUUGACCAGGCAUUAUCCUCAGAUUGGUAACCAGUAUCCUUCUCCCAACAUUCCUUUAGACCCUGUAGGUUUCCCAUAUUGAAUUUAAUUAGUUGAUCAUGUACUCUUGCAGUCACAUCCUUAGUAUCAAUAUUGUAUGUUCAAAGUCAGUCAAGGUUUUAGUGUCCUCUGAAAUCUAAAAUUUUGACUUUAUAAUGUAUAAUGUCCCUUAUGAGCCUUCAGGCUACAAGAAGCCUUCAUAAAGAAAAUCUUGAGCUUUUAUGUAGGUUCUUCAACUUUCAUCUUUGAUUAGCACCAACUUUCCACCUUGAAAGUGUUAUUAUGACUGGUGUAUUUUAGCGAUGAUAUGAAUGAGUGCUGGUGGAAUCAAACAGGAAAUAUGAACAUUGGUGACCGACCAAAUUUGUCUAAUGCCUAGGUGUCUGAAAUCUAAUGUAUAGAUGUCUGAAUGUCUAGGUGACCUGGAGGCAGAAGCUGAAAUGGAGACACAGCUGAAUUGCUUUUACUUAAAAGCUCUUGAUGGAUUUGUCAUGGUUCUCUCUGAGGAUGGAGACAUGAUCUACAUGUCUGAAAAUGUGAACAAGUGCAUGGGGCUCACACAGGUAGGAAACCAGCAUCUCCUCCCAUUGCUUUAGCUAAAAUAAAAUAUUUUCCUACAAUACAGCCACAAUCCCAUUAACUUAAAAGUACUGAACCUGGGUUGUGUCCAGUGUUUUGUCUGGAAAACACACUACUAGACUGAACUUUUUCUUUUGCAGUUCGAGUUGACCGGACACAGUGUGUUUGAUUUCACUCAUCCGUGUGACCAGGAAGAGCUGAGAGAAAUGCUCACCCACCGGAAUGGUAAAACAGAGACUUUCAAACUUUUAACUUCAGGUCACAUGCCUCAUCUGAUUGCUUGCUACUAAUUAUGCUUGAUUGAUUGAAGGAUUAGCCUAACCCAGGAUACCUAAAUUAAGUCUGAAACACCCAAGGCUGCUUUUCAAAAGUUAUGAAAAGUUUUUAAAUUGCAUAGUUUGUUAUGUUGUACUUUUCUGACUGUUGUAAGCUUCCUUGCAAGGGUUUGAACCCUAAAAGGUGGGAGUUACGCAAAUAAAACACAGACUUUAAUAUAUUGAUGCAAUGUGUGACUUGAGCAACCCUCACAUAGAUCUAGACAUGCCUGGGCUGUACUUGUGCAAAAUCCUCACUUUUGAGGGCCUGGGGAGCCAGCCACUUGUAAAAUGAGUAGUGCUGUACACUCAUAGACCCAACCCUUCCCAUGCCACUGAUGGAUUGAGGAGUUUAUAUGAAUCAAAUCUAUGUGCCUGUGGCCCCACACACAUAUAUGAUCUUCAGGCAGGAGAGAAUUUGAACCAGUACUGAGGAUGCAAAAUACUUAGCAACACUUGGUCUUGAGUGCCACUGUUUCAUCAAGUGAAAAGUUUGGGAUGUGGAGCAACCACGGUUACAUCAGCACAACGAGGGAUAAAUUGUGCCUUUUGACAUAAAGUGCCAUAGCUUACUACAGGGAAUUUUUACUUGGAACGGUGGGAUUACAACUUAAGCAGGAUCAGUGUGCUGCAUUUGCCUCACACCGGAUAUUGUUGCUGCAGUUACUUUCACAAACUAAUUUGUGUGCCUCGUCGCAAGUGUACUUAUCUGUCGCUUCAUGCCAUGGGAAGCUCUGAGCAAAUAUCAGUACCCUGUACUGGUUUUCUCACCUGCAAAACAGUUCAUCUAUCUUAAUGAUACGAUCUGUUUUCUGCAUGUGCUUGAGAAGUACAUUUAAGUACCUCUUGAAGAUAAACUAAAUCUGGUUUGACCUGCCUCGGGAUUUGUUUGUUUGUCUUUAAUUAAAAGAGGGGAGAGGCAUUCUAAAACAACCUUGAUACUAUUCUGUUAAUCCACCCACUUCUGAGUUGUUGUCCUCUAGGCCUUUUAAAUUUUCAUCUACACUGAGCACCUGUCUCCCACAAUAUUGACUACUUCUGUAUUAAUUGCCGCAUUUCCUGAAACUGACAUAGUAGGCAUUUUCUCAACUCCAGCAGUUUCUACAGCAUUAGACACCCUCCGAAACCCUCCAAAGUGCUUUAAACUCUGCUGGAAAAGAAACCGUAAAAGUAUUUUUGCUGCAUUAAAUCUGUAUUUCAGUUGUUGCCUUCUGGAUUCAAUAUUGCAUGAAGUAGUGUAUGAUACUGAUAUUUAACACUCUUGCAUUAGGUCCUGUGAAAAAAGGGAAGGAACAUAACACGGAGCGCAGCUUUUUCCUCAGAAUGAAGUGUACAUUGACCAGCCGAGGAAGAACUGUGAAUAUAAAGUCUGCCACAUGGAAGGUAAUCAUACAUGUGCUCUCAAAGCAACAGACUUUGACGUUGGAAUGGCUGGUGUGGUGUCAAGAUUUACAGUAGACCCCGCAGCUUACACACAUGUGUACAUGUUUAGCUGUACGCACUUGGUAAACAAUUAAAAAAAAAAAAUAGAGGAGGAAGGCACCUGGGGGGGAAAGAAUUUAGCAAUCCCACCAGCCAUUGAACCCAAUGUUUUUUGCAGUCGGUGAGCCUUUGAGGAGCAUCAAAGUAAUGCUCGAAUUAGUAAUGGCUUUUGCUGCAAAUUAGAUACAUAAGCUUGCUGCCUUUUGAUGUUCCUCAGGUAAUUAGAGUUGGUAGCUAAAGUUCAGUUGCCGAAUGGUGAGGCUCCUUGUCAUACAAGACCCCUUUCAACUUGUGUUGUUUGAUUCCCUCCGUUACUUUGUCCUAUAUGUUGACCAGUAAACACACAAGAUGUAACCGGUUGUACUUUUGAAUAAAUAAGGUAUACUGUUCAUUGUAUCUAAUUGUAGUAUACCUUAUUUAUUCAAAAGUACAGCCGGUUACGUCUUGUGUGUUUAUUGAGUAUGUUUCACGUAAUCAUAGGUUUGUUGUUGUUUUGCUAUACGGUAACCAAGCUCCCUUUUCACCCCAACACCCAGGUACUUCAUUGCACAGGGCACAUUCGCGUCUAUGACAAUUCCAACAACCAGACAGUGUGUGGAUAUAAAAAGCCCCCCAUGACAUGUUUGGUGUUAAUCUGUGAACCCAUCCCCCAUCCAUCAAAUAUUGAAGUCCCCUUGGACAGCAAGACGUUCCUCAGCCGCCACUGCCUUGACAUGAAAUUUUCAUACUGUGAUGAAAGGUAAAAGCUCUGAGUGAAAGUAAGGGGUGCCUGGCUUUUCGUGUGAACGGUGGUAGGUGGACCUGCGUGUUGUUACUAGCCUUGUCUGUUUCCUUGGCACUUUAUUUGGCAAGAGUUAAACAGGUAGGUCCUUGGGUGCACCCUUAAGUUUUGCAACUCCAGAAUCUGAAAACUGAUGAUGCAAAAUGCUUUCCAGAUAAAUUACGUGAUGAAUGUUCCAUUUUAAGUUAUGCUUACCCUUUUCAUAAGCUUGUAACCAAAAUCAAGGUGGUUUUUAAAAAAAACUUAUUGAGGCAAGAAUGCACUACAUUGCCACCCAGUGGCCAAAAGAAUGGAAUACUUUAUGCUAGCCAGUAACUAAAACAUGGCACUUCUAAACAUUCAACUUGGAGCAGAAGUGAUUCUCACCCUGAACACUAAGGGCAUUUUAUGUAGUUUCUGUUACACCUUUAUGUAAAACAUUUUCAUCCCAUGAUAUUAUGCCCUGGAUGCAUCUUAUCUAAAACUCAAAGGAACAAAACACUCACUAAGAGUCAGAAUAUGAUGCAUGGCGAUGGCAGUUAUUCUUGGAACUUGUGGCAGGCUGAAAUUGGUGGCAUGAAUUGGACUUAAAAGUUGUACUUGAAUUCACAGACCUGAAGACCUUCUGUGUUAAAUUACUGCUAGUUGUGAUAAGGAGGCAUAUAUCUGCUACAGUGGUGCCUCGCAAGAUGAAAUUAAUCCAUUCCAAGAGUCUCUUCGUCUUGCGGUUUUUUCGUCUUGCGAAGCACGGCUAUUAGCAGCUUAACGGCUUAGCGGCUAUUAACGGCUUAGCGGCUUUAAGAAAAAGGAAACAAACCCGCAAGAACUCGCAAGACGUUUCGUCUUGCGAAGCAAGCCCAUAGGGAAAUUCGUCUUGCGGAACGACUCAAAAAACGGAAAACUCUUUCGUCUUGCGCGUUUUUCGUCUUGCGAGGCAUUCGUCUUGCGAGGUACCACUGUAUGAUAAAAAGCAAAAUGUAGGAGGAAGACAUACCUAUGUAUUGGCUGUAUCAUUGCAUUUGCGGAAUGACACCAGUGGAACCUCCCUUCUCCAUGUGUCACUUGCCCCAAAAUUUUGCUCUGGAAGGUUGAAGGGACACCCCUGAAGCAUAUUUUUUGGGUAGGGGGAGCAGAGGGCGGGGAAGUUCUGUUGCACUUGCAGAAGUCAUUUUGCACAAGCAACAAUUUAGUUGGGCAUGAUGAGAAUCUUGGAGGGCCUUGGUUAUCAGUGUCUUGAUUAGAUUAGGGAAACUACUUCCCCAUUUUUUGAAAAAUGAGUUGUUUACAGGGAACACACAGGCUGGAUCUAGACACAUCAAAGAAGCGUUUCAGUUUAAAGCAUUGUAAAUUUAAAGAGGGAAAACAGGUAGAGAAAAACAGGACCCCAAGUCACCAUCUGGUGGCACAAAAUUAUAUCACACAUGCAACACACAUAAAUCACUUUUUCUUUACCAGUCUAGCUGAGUCCUCAUUUAAUAUGGGAAGUGACAUUAAUUCAUCCGGCUGUUCCGAAAAGCCACAAGCCACUUAUUUGCUAAUGUAGCUAACCAAGUGGCUUGUGUUUGUUUCAGUAGCUCGCAGACUGGCUGUGGUUUUCCUUGAAGUCACCUGCCCUUAUUAAAAAGCAAAAUACCUGACCUUAAAUAGAGUUUUAUCUGCCCUGCAAUAUGUAGAAAUAUUACUGAAUUAACACCCUUUCCCCCUUUUGUUUCAAGGAUUACGGAACUGAUGGGAUACAACCCCGAUGAGCUCCUGGGUCGCUCCAUAUAUGAAUAUUAUCAUGCCCUGGACUCUGAUCAUCUGACCAAAACACAUCAUGACAGUAAGUGAGGGGGGUGUGGCUUUAGAAAUGAGAUAGUUGCAGGCUGAAGCACACUCCCUGUUGCUUACGUCUAGCUAUCAUGCGUCAUAGUGCCAGCAACAUUCUAAAAGCUAUGGAUUGUUUCACUGUUAACCAUUUUAGACAUUUCCUAACAAUGUAAAUAAUGUGUGUCUUUCUGCUUCCAGUGUUCGCUAAAGGACAGGUGACCACCGGGCAGUACAGAAUGCUUGCCAAACAUGGGGGCUAUGUUUGGGUCGAGACUCAAGCAACCGUCAUAUACAACAAUAAGAAUUCUCAGCCACAGUGUAUAGUGUGUGUGAAUUAUGUCUUGAGGUGAGCUUUCUGUGUUACCUGUGGGUAUUUAGGGGUGGGUGUUUUUCGAUGCCAAAGAUCAGUCUAGUGACAUCAGUAUGCCCAAACAGCCUGGCUAUCUCUCUCUCUCUCUCUCUCUCUCUCUCUCUCUCUCUCUCAUAAAAUACUGUUGCCUUUGCUAGCAAAACAUAUUUCCUUCCAGUUUAAGGGAAGCUGUGAAAACCUGUCAUGUGAAUGCAUAAUUCAUAUAACCCAGUUUGUAUGUGUGUUUGCCCAUUUUCAUAUUAUGCUGUCAGAGAUGCCCAAGGAAAUUGCUAACAAGGCUAACUAGAAAAUGGUAACAUCUUGAGUUGUACCAUAGCUCCUUUAUUCCUAUGGAUUGCCUCAUUUUGUAUUGGGGGCAGUUAAAGUGUGUGUGUACACACACACACACACACACACACACACACACGUAAUAUUCACCCAAUGUACAUACAUUUUUAUAGCUUGGAUUGUGCCUGAAUUGUGCUGCAUAUAUAUUAAAAAUGAAAAACACCAGUAGACACAUGUAUCUGUAAAUGCAUCCUAGUCUGCUUGUGUGCAGUCCAGUCCAUCAUGCAGACUCCCACAGGGCAUAUUAACCCCAUUAAUACAAAUAGCAGAACUGCCAUUGCAGGGAACAUGCCUGGGUUAAAUGUCUGCACAUGCCACCUGCACAAUCUAUCUGCCUUGCAAUUUAAUAAUUCUCUGGAACUCAAGUACCGUGCAGCAUUCAGAAAUGGAACGCUGAAUGGACCCACCAGUACCUUCUAAUGCCUUACACCAUUGUGUAUGUUAACACCCAUGUGCAUAUGUAUUGCGUGCAUGUGGGGGGGGCGGGGAAGGGUAAAUGAGGCUUAAUUGAGCCAUGGAGGGCAAUGUUCUGUGAACAACCACUGCGCCUGUGGUGAGACCUCAUAGUGCGUGCUCUUAGUAUAUAGUGCACUAAAAGAACAAUCUAUAGAAGGAUGCAUCUAUAUUCAUUAACAGAAACAGAUAUCUGUCAUACCAUAUUUGCCUCUUCAUUAGGGCUUUUCCAAACAAGUAGAAAGUUGUUUUUGUUUUUAAAAAAGGUUCUAUAGAACUCUGUGUUCUACCUUAAAGGUUGUAAACUACAAAUAUCUUCCUAUCUUAUAAUGCUUAAAUAUAUAAAACAAAAUAUAUAGGGAGAAACAGCUUAUCAACUGUGUAGAUGGCUACAGUGUUACGGCUUUCAUCAAGAGAACAUACCUUGGAUAAAUUAAUGUGGCCUGAGAUGUUACCCUUUGCAUACUAAUCUCUAUUUUAUCUGCAUCCUUCAGAUUUGUUCUCAUAUUGCACUAAUCCGGAAAGCCUCUUGCCAGGCUACUAAUGAACAUGUCCAACCCACUCUUACGAGUUUGCUAACCACUGAGUUCAGGCUAAUUCCCAAGUAAGUGUUGCAGUGGUUUUAGAGUAUUGUUCUGGGUUCCUCAAUGAGAAGAUGUGUAGCAGGAGACCAGUUUCCUGGAAAAUCAGCUUGCCCGCUACUAGCAAUCUUUCCCUGCAAUGUGCAACCAUAGGGGGAAGUGUUUGAUGUGUUCUGUAGGUAGGUGUGGUCAGUUCACCAUAUGGACUGAGUUAACACCAUAAAAUUCUCUGCAACGAGCAGGGGUCCUGCGGCAGGAAAGUGAUAGAAAGUGUUGGAAGCCACUAAUGUGAUAAACUUAGGGAAUCAAAGGCUACAAGGUGCUCUCUGACAUUCCUCCUCUUCUCUUCUGCAGUGGCAUUGUUCAGGGCGAUUUGAUUUUUUCACUCCAGCAAACCGAGUGCAUGUUGAAACCAGUGGAUUCCCCUGAGAUGGGGAUGAUCAAAAUACUGGACAAGACUGAACUGGAAGACAGCAACAGCCUCUAUGAGAAGCUUAAGAAGGAGCCAGAUGCGUUAACCUACCUUGCUCCUGCAGCUGGAGACACCAUAAUAGCGCUGGAUUUCAGCAAUGAUGGUGGGUGGGUGUUUAAUUCAGGCAGCCUUCUGACGGGCAGAGUUGCCUAUGAAGUACAUUAAAAGCAAGCGGCAUGUUUUGCCGGAUGCCCUCAGGGUGUCGCAAGUGUAAUAUGUGCUGGAUUUUUAAUGAGGCCCUUUAAGGUGCGACGCAACACUUAGGGUGAUGACUUUUGUUUAAUUUUUGUAGAGUCUGAUGAGCAGCAGUUUGAUGACGUUCCCUUGUAUAACGAUGUAAUGCUCCCCUCAUCCAGUGAGAAAUUGCAGAGUAUAAAUUUGGCUAUUUCCCCUCUGCCUGCUUCCGAAGCUACAAAACCACUCCGUAGCAAUGCGGACCCAGCACUCAAUAGAGAGGUGGUGUCCAAGCUGGAGCCCAGCACAGAGCCCUUGGAUCUUGCUUUCUCCAUCCGCCGGAUGCAAGAAAAACCAGAUACUCCUUCUGAUGGAAGCCCCAGCCAAAGCCCACCUGAGGUUAGUCAUCUGAUAAUCUGCUGCAGAUCUGUAAUUUUUAACUGAAUCUCUGUUGCCCGACCUGUAAAUAAAAUAUCUCUUUUCAAUGUCAAAUUUGUCAGCUUUGUAUCCCGCCCUUCUUCCAAGAAGCUUGGGGGCAGCAUAUAUUUCACCAUCAGCUUAAAACAAUCCAGUCAGCAUAACAUGAUCCAACACGAAAUAACGCAACAGGAGAGCUAGACAAAUCAAGCUCCUUUAGGAUCAUAGAAAGCUGAUUUAUGUUGGUCCAUCUAGAUCAGUAUUGUCUACUCUUGACUGGUAGCUGCAUUCCCAGGAUUUCAGACAGGUCUCUUACUCAGCCCUACCUUGAAAUGCUGAGGAUUGAACCUUGCAGAACAGCUACUCUUUCUUCAUUUGACUCAUAACAGAUGACGGCUUAAGCCAAGCAUUUUGAGCUGUACAGAAUUCUGCCAUCUGACAACUUGCAACCCUUCUUUACAGAUGAGCACAGGAAAGGAUUACUAGAUUGAGGAGAAGAUUUUAGAAAGGUGAUUUUUAGUGAGGGCGAGGGGGGGGGUGUCCCUUGAAUUCGGGGAUAUAUUGUAUGACAUUAAAUAUGUGUGAGCUGCAACAGCCACGGGCUGCGUGGUCCUGGAAUCUUGCAGCAUCCUGAUUAUGGAAGCUCUAAAGCUUUGCAUUGUGAGGAAAUCUUUGAACAUAGACCACUUUUAAAAUUGGGUGAGGGAAAUGCACAAAUUUGAAUAGAGGUGUGGAUUGUCUUUACAGCCCAGUAGUCCUCCUAAUGACUAUUGCUUCAAUGUGGACAGCGAGAUUGACAGCGAGUUCAAGUUGGAGCUGGUGGAAAAGCUAUUUGCAAUAGACCCAGAGUCUAAAAACCCAUAUUCUAUGCAGGUAAGCACGUUGGAGGAAACACUCACUUUUUAGGCCUCCGUUGUGGCCACAUUUAGUUUUUUAAACGUUUACUAAUACUGUGCAGUGUUAACCGGCAAUGUUUUUGAUAGAACUUGUGUGACCUGGAAGCUGGGAUGAGGGAUAAAACACAAGAAUUGUGUACAUAGCUGUGUUGCUCACUGUGUCCGUUCAUUUAAAUGGGGCUCCCACAUUUGGAAAUGGCAGGAGGUUUGGAAAGCAGCAAUUUUUGGUAGAUGGGAACCCUAAAGCUGGAUUGACCAUCACUGCAGUCUUGACUUCCCUGUCAAAAGAUGCAAUUACACUUUCUUGUGCUGACAUUUCAGGAAACUGAUUUAGACCUGGAAAUGUUGGCGCCCUACAUACCCAUGGACGAUGACUUCCAACUGCGUUCCUUUGAUCAGCUUUCUCCGCUGGAGAGCAGUUCGGCAAGCCCUCCUUCCAAAGUGGGCACCGUCAUGGGAUUUCAGCCUGCCGCAGACAAGACACUACCUGCGACGGUCAAACAUGAGGAUGAAUCGACGACACUGAUAGCUCCUGUUCACAUUGUCAUAGAAGCCAACAGUGCCCCAGCAUCACCCUAUGCCGAGAAUCUCAGUCGAACGGCGUCUCCAGUCAGAGAAGGAAAAGGCACGACAGAGCAGAAAGAGAAGCCGAGUCCAGGAGUGCCAAACUUGUUAACAGUCACGUUGGGUAAAAGGUAGUUUGUUUGUUUGUUUGUUUGUUUGUUUGUUUGUUUGUUUUUUAAAAAAAUAUGUUGCCCACUUGAUCUUAAAACCAGUCACAUAGUUCAGUCGGUAGAGCAGGACACUCUUAAUCUCUGGUUUGUGGGCUGGAGUCCCACAUUGGGCAAAAAAGGUUCCUGCAGGGGGUUGUGUACUUUUAUCAUCGUUGACUUGAUACCUAUUGAUUCUUCUACCAAGAAGAUUUAGGUUUCAGCCAAAUACUGUCCUAUAACACAAUUCCAGGUUUAGGCUUCAGGUUAUCAGUCUCUGCCUGGAUAGUUUUGAUCGUGACUAAAACUUUCGCUUCUAUGGUUUGCUUGAAAAAGACUGUGUGCUCCUCUUCCAGGCAGCACUUAUUGCUGCUGGUAAUGCUGCCUUGGACAAAGUUUCAAUGACUCUUCCAUAGGUGCCAAACUUCUACACAGGAACCCUGAUACGGGUUUCAAGUUAGAGCCGAAACAGAAAAGCAGGAACUUUUUAUGAUGUCUUCAUUGCCAGACCAUUUCUCCCCUCCACCCCCAAUGUGCUGAUUGUUUCAUAUGCAUUGGGAAUAUUCUACAUGGGGGAACGUUCAAACCUUUGAUUGCACCACUUUCUUGGCAUCAGUCUGUCUCAGAAGUUGCUUCAGUCUUACUGAGGUGUAGUUGACCUCGCACCCCAUCCUGUUGUUGACUGACCACUGCUGGUCAUGCACACAUACCCUGCCCCAAACCUUUGAGCAUAUCCUAAAGGCUGUUCUUACUCUCUGAAAUAUGGUCUUCAUGUCUCUCUGAACACUGUAUUUUCUCUCCAUGUGAUCCCAACUGUAUGUAGCUAUUCAGUACUCUUCUUUGUAUUGUACCACACACAUCAGUGUUCUGUGAACCCAACCCCCUUGGAACUCACAUUUUUACAAGCAAGAGAGCAUUGUGGAACUUACUUUUUUUCUUUUAAAGCCAUGACACACAUGCAGUUGGUUUUAACACAGGACAUUUGUCUGGAGGGGUGGGAAUUAACCUUCUGAACUUGUUAUUUUCAGUAGAUCAACUGCUGCAGCAAAUGAAGAAAUUAAUCCAAAGUUAAUAGCUCUGCAUAAUAUUCAGAGGAAACGGAAAAUGGAACAAGAUGGCUUGCUUUUCCAAGCAGUGGGCAUUGUAAGUUUUUAAAUAUACAGUCCCUCCCUAUUAAAAAAAACAUGAGGUUGUUGCUUUUUUUAAAAAAAAAAAGCUUAAAUUUUCUGUGGUGGUAACUUAAAUCAGGUUGUAGCCAUGUGGUCAUGGUUCUGUCCUUCAUAUCAGGUGAUGGCACAGUUGUUUGAACAUUUAAAAUUAAUCCUAUUCAACACCACUGAACCAUUGGCAUUCCUUUUUAACAUGAGUUCUCUUGCCUCAAGACCCUGGAACAUAUCUGGCAGAACAAGGUUUGGUGGGCUUGCACUAUCUCCUCUCCGUUCCCCAUUGGUCCAUUACCUGGAGCUGAUGUUUGUAGCCUGGUACACUUGCUUGCUGUGCCACUUGAACCAUACACUUAGGGUGACCAGAAUUUAUAAAGACAAACCCACACCUUAGUUACUACAGUUCAGAAAUUCUAGCAUCAAACCCUUACGAUUUACCAGCAAGUCUGCACAAAUCCUUGGCCCAAGGAGUCCAUUUAAUCUCAUUUUUAAGGUGGGGAAGACUGGUGGGUGCAAGUGAAUAGCCGACGGCAAACAUUUUACAACAUGGCAGAGAAUUAUCAUUUUUGCACUUUUUGUUCACAUCAUUAGCCCAAAAGUCUUGUUUGGGAUACGCUGCCCGCCUGAUGCUAUGCAUUUCACAUGGGAGAGAAUCCUAAGUCAUUGUGCAUAGGAUUGUAGCCAUGAGCCUCAGAGAUAAACAACGGUCAAAGACCAGGCUGAAAUUUUAUAGGUGGUGUAUCUGGCAGCAACUAUUCCAAGGUUGUGUGUAUAUAUGGCGGCCUUCACCUGUCCCCACCGAAGCCUCAUCAAAAUAAACAGGAUGUCCCUUUGCACAAUUUAUUGUUCCUAAACUUUUAUAUUUAGAUUUUUUCCUGCAAAAUACUGGUUUUUUAAAAAGACCAUUUUUAUACAGCAGCUGGUUAACUCAGUAGUAUGUCUGUAUGGUAUCUCUGUGGUUAUAUUAAUUGGACUUUUCUCUGUGUUUUUGUGUGUUCGUUUUUUUUAAGGGCACAUUACUGACGCAGUCAAGUAGUCCUGGGGGAAAUGUGUCCCUGGCUUGGAAACGCGUAAAAGGAUGUAAAUCUAAUGGGCAUAAUGAGGUGUCGGAGAAGACGGUCAUUUUAUUACCAUCAGGUCAGUGGCUGUUCAUGGAGCAAGUCAGGUGCUCUCUCUUUUCCUCUGCCACCGUUAGCCCAGAGAUGUGUGACACCAAUAAUAAUAAUAAUAAUAAUAAUAAUAAUAAUAAUAAUAAUAAUAACUGAAAUGAAUGGGGAAGCCAAAAAAGGAGUUUCCAUUAACCUUAGUAUCCAGAGCCUUGUCUGGGUGGGAUAGAAUUUAUCUGCUCCUUAAAGGAAAGAACCGUGGCUUCUGUAUCUUCCCCCUACGCAUUUGGACAAAACCAGAAGCAACAGAAAGAACGUAUGUCAGUGGCGAGCAUCCACAUUGCAUGCAGAAGGUUUCUGGUUCAAUCCCUGGCAUCUCCAGGUGGGGCUGGGAGAGGCUCUGCUGGUCUGUGUAGACCAGGGGUUGGCAAGGUUUACCGGCCAUGGGCUGGAUCACUCCCACAGAGAUCGUCCAUGGGCCGGACUGGCGCAGCGCGAUGCCAGAAAUCGUGUCCACAGCGCCAGUAAUCGCUUCUGUGCAUGCCCAGAUGCCAAAAAUUGCACCGGCACAGAAGUGAUUUCCAGCAUUUGGACAUGCACAGAUGCAAUUUCUGGUAUCUGCGCAUGCGCAGACGCCAUUUCCGGCACCACUUGGCGAGUUGUUGCACUGAGCUGGUUUAGUGCAGCUCGCGGGGGACUUGCCGAGCAGGCGGCUCAGUUUGGGGGCAGCUCGUGGGCCACAUCCGGCCCACGGGCCGCAUGUUGCCAACCCUUGGUGUAGACAAUCCUGAGCAAUGGACUGAUGGCCUGACUCCGUACAAUACAGCUUCCUGUGUUCCUAACAUAAAAGGAGCAGGGUGAGAGAACAAGCCCUUAUUGGCAUAACGGUUACAUGAGGGCCUUAGUUUUGUGUCUACCUGGAGACGGAGGGCGGUGAGGAGAGGGAGGAUGGGCUGAACAUGGGUAUUUGGAGUCAGAUGGAAGAAAUAGUUUGUGGAGGAGAGAGGAGGACUAAGCAGCCACUCCCUACAGGUAUGUUUUGCCUAAAAAUAAUGAAGUCUUGCAGCCAGAUUCUGGGCCUAGAAUAGCUGGGUUCUGCAAUCUAUGUAAAAUGUGCAUCUUUUUAGGAUAGGGGCAGACCCUAUGACCCUGACUACUUGAGGUCUUACUCAGUCUUUCCUCUGGCUUGCAAUUUCAGGAGGUGUUGCCCACACCCUUUUUCUGGGAUAUAUUUUCAUAGCCAUAAUGGCUAGAAACUUGUUUUCUUUGUGUGUUUUGUAAUAGGAGUCUUGGUCCCACAUUUAGUGCUCCCCCCCCCAUCAGAAAACUGCAGCAUGCACACAGGGCAGUCUAGCAGACCUCAUGCAACUUAUAUUCUUUUGGAUUUGCCAAACCAGUGUUAACCCUGAAUAAUGUAUGUGUUUUGUGCAAGUUAACACAUGCUUCCUUUUCCCUUGCAGAUAUAGCAAGUAAACUUCUAGGGCAGUCCAUUGACGAAAAGGGACUCCCGCAACUUACCAGCUAUGACUGUGAAGUAAACGCACCCAUACAAGGCAACCGCAACUUGCUACAGGGUGAAGAGUUGCUCAAAGCCCUGGAUCAAGUCAACUGAGCUUUCCCCACACGCAACUGUUCUGUUUUCUUGGACACUGGUGACUCACCACCUAAAAGCAGUCUAUUUAUAUUUUCUAUAUCUGAUUUUAGAAGCCUGGCUACAAAUACUGCACUAAUUCAGUUAGUUUGGUUCUGAUCCCCUUUCUACUUUGGACAGUCUUUUAAAAACAACAAUGUUCUUUUGUGUAACAACAGUAACUUGGCUAAUGGUGCAUUUUUUUGGUACAUAAACAAUCAAAAGUCCAGUAUGUUUAGAACACACUUGCAAUGGCAGCUUUGAAGUAGGCACCUUUUUAAAAAGUAUUUAUUUUUUAUUUUGGAUCAAGCGUUUUUGUCACUGAAAAUAUUUCUAUCAAGUGAAUCACCACUGCGGUGAAACUGUCUAAGCCUUCUCUCACGUGGUUGAAGGCAUUGUGUGCUCUGAUGUUCAGAUAAAUUUUUACUUUACUUUUUUUAAAGAAGAGAAACAUUUCUUUGCAGCGGUGCAUUUGUAGCCACAAUCGCACAAUCUAUUUUCUUAAGAAAAUAAAAAUGAAAUGCCAGCAGUUCCUCAUGCAAUAUAUACUGCAUUUAUAAAGCUAGUUUUUAAAGAAAACAUUUUUUUUAUUUCUUUUCUCUUCCACUUGUUUAUGUUUACUGCCUGUGAAAUCAUGUAGAAAUUUUGGAGUAAUUCUAUUUUUUUGUCAUGUUGUACUCGAAAAAGAGGGUUCUUAAAUGCUGUGUUUUAAUGUCCGUGUAUGGUUCGGGGGGAAAGAGAGUUCGAUCUGGAGGGGCUAGCAACAUUUGGGGCAUUUUUAAGUUGCAUAAGAGAUGACCAGGGAGAGGGUUAUAAAAUUAUGAUUAGUCAUGGAGCAAACAGAUAGGAGAUUCCCCGCUCCUUUUUGCAAUAUUUAAACUCUGGCUUUCCCAGUGAAGAUUGUUUCAGGACAGAAGGCAUUAAUUCACUACGACAAUGUGGUGGCGGCCAUUGGCUUAUAUGGCUUUUUAAAAGAUUACCCAUGGAAGAUAGGCCUAUUGGUGGCUGCCUGCCGCAGUAGCUAAGUGGAAUCUGUGUUUGGGGGGGCCGUGGACCUCUGAAUGCCAGUUUGCAGGGGAGAGCGGCUGUUGUUUUCACGCCCUAUUUCUGAGCUUCCUCGAUGCAUCUGGCCGGACCUUUGGUCUACUGCAGUAGGGAUCUUCUUACGUUACGUAUGUGGAUGAAUUAUCUUUUAAUUAAAAAACAAUGUUUUCAAAGUAGUCGCUUUGCCACCUCUGCAGGGAGAACAGUCCCCCCCCCCCCCGCCUAUAGCUCUGAAAGUUCAUGCUAAUAUUGUGUACCUAAUAAUUGAAUUUUAAUGUUCCAAUGACCCUGUUUGGUAGAGGUGAUCUUUCAAGCAAAUCGUAAAGCAUCCCUGCUUUGUUAGCAGAGUUGCCUAGUUUCAUCAUUCAGUUGCUUGGUAAUAAUUGAUGUUUUGGUUUUUAAUGCACCUUGUUGCUAUUAACAUCCAUUUGUUUUAUUUUUGUUAACCAUAGAUUUCAGUAAUGCUGAAUAUAUUUUAGGAACCUUUUUAUUUAGGUAAUAUGUCACAAAACAUCUUCGUUUCCUUCUUUGUGCUGUAUAAUAAUUAUCCCUCCUCCAUUUCUUUUUUCCCCCUCUUACGUGGUUGGAUCUAACACUAACUGUAUUGUUUUAUUACAUCAAUAAACUAUAUGUGGACCAGGCCUGCAA